CCAGCCUUGCCUCGGGUGUAGGGAUUGCAAGGGAAAAGCAAAACUACACGGCUAACACUCUGUGUAGUUUUGUUUUUUGUUUUUGUUCUUUUGAGGCUUAACUGUUCUCACAUUUGGAUUUUCUGAAACAAUCUGGAUAAGGAGAUUGUGACUGAAGAUAUAAAACUUCUGGGCUCAGUCCCUUGUUUUUAGGCACUCUUGUGAAUACAAGGUGCCUACCACCAUGUCACAGGCGCCAACGUUUAUACAGCCGCUGCAAAGCGUUGUGGCACUUGAGGGUAGUGCUGCAACGUUUGAGGCUCAAGUUAGUGGCGCCCCAGUUCCUGAGGUGAGCUGGUUUCGUGAUGGCCAGGUUCUUUCUGCUGCCGCUCUGCCCGGUGCACAGAUCUCGUUCAGCGAUGGCCGCGCUGUACUGACGAUCCCUGCCGUGACAGCCGCGCACAGUGGAAGAUUUUCCGUACGAGCCACCAAUGGAGCUGGACAAGCCACUAGCACUGCCGAACUACUUGUUACAGCUGAAACUGCGGCACCCAACUUUAUUCAGAGACUACAGAGUAUGAUUGUGAGACAAGGAAGCCAAGUGAGACUGGAUGUUCGUGUGACAGGAAUCCCUACACCUGCGGUGAAGUUCUACAGGGAGGGAGCUGAAAUUCAGAGCUCCACUGACUUUCAGAUUGUUCAAGAAGGUGACCUCUACAGUUUGCUGAUUGCUGAAGCCUUCCCUGAAGAUUCUGGAACGUACUCCGUUAAUGCCACAAACAGCAGUGGACGUGCUACAUCUACAGCUGAAUUGCUUGUUCAAGGUGAAGAAGUAGCAGUACCUGCUAAAAAGACAAAGACUGCACAGAUUUCUCAAGCUCACCAGACCAGAGUUGAAAAGAGAGUGGAAACUCGUUUUCAGACUACCACUUCAGAAAAAAUGGAAAUGCAUAUGGAAGGAGGUGCAGUUAUGCAACAGCUGCCUCACAAACCACCCCCACGUGUUCCCCUAAAACCAACGUCCAAGUCCCCACCAUCUUUAAUUUCCAAAGUUACAGCCACACGCCAUCAGUCGCCUUCUCCUGUGAGGCAUGUGAAGGGCCCAACUCCAACUCCUGUCAGGUCUGUAUCUCCCUUGACAAUGAGAUUGUCAGUGUCUCCUAUCAGACCUGUCAAGUCCCCAGUCAUGACCCGUAAGCAGGUCACCCUGGGCCAAGAUGUUCUCCCACCAUGGAAGCAGGAGGACUAUACAGAAGCCAGUUUCACCCGUAUGACCACUGGUGCCACCCAAGUCCAGACUGCUGCGACUCACAUACACAUGGAACAGUGUUAUGAAGGCACUUUUGGGAUGCAUCAAAAAGCAACUGGAGGUUUAGGAGUUUCCAUUAAAGAGGUUGUAGAGACUGCUACAAUUCCUUCAGCUGCAGAAGUUGCUGUGGUGCCACCCACCCUCAUUGCUGGCUUGAAGAAUGUGACUGUCAUUGAGGGAGAAUCUGUGACGCUGGAGUGCCAGAUAUCUGGUCACCCUGCUCCAGGCAUCAUGUGGUUCAGGGAGGACUACAGAAUCGAAAGCUCCAUUGACUUCCAGAUUACCUAUGAAAAUGGAUAUGCCCGUCUGGUAAUCCGUGAGGCUUUUGCUGAGGACAGUGGACGUUUCACCUGCACAGCCACCAGCGAGGCUGGGACCAUCAGCACCUCCUGCUACCUGCUUGUCCAAGUGUCAGAGGAAAUUGAGGGCAGGGAGGACAUUACAACUGCCUCUGAAUAUAUUGAGACUGCUGAGGAGAAACACAUUGCCAUUGAAUCCAAAGGUGAAAUCAUAUCAGAAGUAAGCAGCAUCACAGAAACUGUGGAAUCUGGAGCAGAUGUGGCUCCCUUUUUCUUGAAGAAGCCCACUGUGCAGAAGCUUGUUGAAGGUGGUGGCAUCGUCUUCGAGUGCCAAAUUGGAGGCAGUCCCAAACCCCAUAUAUACUGGAAGAAGGCAGGAAUGCCACUUACCUCUGGAUAUAGGUACAAAGUGAUCUACAAAAAGGAAACUGGGGAGUGCAGACUGGAGAUCUCCAUGACCUUUGCUGAUGAUGCUGGAGAGUACACAAUCAUUGCCAGGAAUAAGCUGGGGGAGGUCUCUGCCUCUAGUCACCUGCUAGCGGAAGACGAAUAUGAAGCCUACAUGAAGAAAUAUGAGAUGACCAUUAAGACUGUGACCACAGUGGUAGAGGAGCCAAAAGUGGCAGAUAUUCCUCCUGUGGUGGUGAGCGAAUAUGGGAAAGAGCAGAUUCGCACCACUCAGCUGAUAAAAAGGACCUUUGUCUCAGAGCAGGAAUUCCAAAUCUCUGCUUUUGAGGAGAGGAUAAUCCAUGAGAUUGAAUUCCGCCUUCUUAAAAUAACAUAUCAUGAACUGGUGACUGAAGAUGGGGAAGAGAUGAUCGUGACUGAACGGGAGGCUGUGGAGCCAUUUUUUGACACUCCUGUUAAGAGCUACAGGAUCUUUGAAGGCAUGGGAGUCACCUUCCACUGCAAAGUAGCAGGAACCCCACUGCCCAAGAUUGCAUGGUACAAAGAUGGCAGGCGGAUCAUGCACGGUGGUCGAUACCAAAUGGAGGUUCUCCAGGAUGGAAGGGCCAGUUUGCGUCUCCCAGUGGUGCUGCCAGAGGAUGAAGGUGUCUACACUGCCUUGGCUUGUAACAUGAAGGCAAGUUCUGUCAGCUCAGGGAAACUCUACGUGGAGCCAACUGCACCAGUCGGAGCUCAAACCUACAUACCACAACCUGAAGCAGUCCAGAGAAUCCGUUCCACAUCGCCACGCUCCCUGAGCCGCUCUCCUGGACGUUCUCCUGGUCGCUCUCCUGGUCGCUCUCCGUCACGCAGACUGGACGAUACAGAUGAAGCCCAGCUGGAGAGACUGUAUAAGCCUGUAUUCGUCUUGAAACCAACUUCCUUCAAGUGUGCUGAGGGGCAAACUGCCAGAUUUGACCUGAAAGUGGUUGGCAGACCCAUGCCUGAAACCUUCUGGUUCCACAAUGGACAGCAAGUGGUCAAUGACUACACUCACAAAAUAGUUGUAAAGGAAGAUGGAGUUCAGUCAAUGAUUGUGGUCCCAGCCAUGCCCGCUGACUCUGGGGAGUGGACUGUUGUGGCUCAGAACAGAGCUGGAAAGACUUCCAUUUCCAUGACUCUCACAGUAGAUGCAAAGGAAAACUUGGUGAAACCCCAGUUUAUUGAGAAACUGAAGAACAUUAAUGUCAAGGAAGGAACUCUGGUUGAAUUGGCUGUAAAAGCAAUUGGAAAUCCCCUUCCUGACAUUGUCUGGCUGAAAAACAGUGAUAUUAUAUCACCACAUAAAUACCCAAAUAUCAAGAUUGAAGGCAACAAAGGGGAAGCAAAUUUCAAGAUUGCCUCUAGUACAGGCUCUGAUAGUGCCUGGUACACAGCCACAGCCAUCAACAAGGCUGGACGAGACACGACUCGCUGCAGGGUCAACAUAGAAAUGGAGUCUGCUGAACCUGAGCCUGAGAGAAGGCUUGUCAUCCCCAAGGGAACCUACAAAGCCAAGGAAAUUGCAGCUCCAGAAUUGGAGCCCUUGCAUCUCCGUUAUGGCCAGGAGCAGUGGGAGGAAGGGGACUUGUAUGACAAAGAGAAGCAGCAAAAGCCACACUUCAAGAAGAAGCUGACAUCAGUCAGGCUGAAGCAUUUUGGUCCUGUGCAUUUUGAAUGCAGGCUGACUCCUAUUGGUGACCCUACCAUGGUGGUGGAGUGGCUGCAUGAUGGAAAACCCCUUGCAGCAGCUAACAGGCUGCGAAUGAUUAAUGAGUUUGGCUACUGCAGUCUUGACUAUGAAGUAGCUUACAAUAGGGAUAGUGGUGUAAUCACCUGCCGAGCCACAAAUAAGUAUGGAUUUGAUCAGACCUCUGCUACCCUGAUUGUGAAGGACGAGAAGAGCCUUGUGGAAGAGACUCAACUACCGGAAGGUAGGAAGGGAAUGCAAAGGAUUGAAGAGAUGGAACGCAUUGCCCAUGAAGGAGCUCUGGCAGGAGUCACAACUGAUGAGACAACUGAGAAGACUAGGCCUGAGAUUGUUCUUCUCCCAGAGCCAGCAAGGGUAUUAGAAGGACAGACUGCCAGGUUCCGCUGCAGAGUGACUGGAUACCCUGCGCCCAAGGUGAACUGGUACCUCAAUGGACAACUCAUCAGGAAGAGCAAGAGGUUCAGGCUCCGUUAUGAUGGUAUUUACUACCUUGAGAUUACUGAUUCCAAAUCUUAUGAUACAGGAGAUGUGAAAGUUAUGGCAGAGAGCCCUCAAGGUGUGGCUGAACACUCUGUGAAACUGGAGAUCGAGCAGAGGGAGGACUUCAGGUCUAUCCUCCGCCGUGCACCUGAGCCCAAGGCUCCAGAAUCCGGUACUGAGCAUGGAAGGGUUCCCUUUGCAGUUGUCAAGGUUGAGAGACCCCCUGAAGCCAUUCAGCCUAAAGAAGUUGUAAAAUUGAGAAAGACUGAGAGAAUCAUCCAUGAGAAAUCAACAGAGGAGACAGAGGAGCUGAAAAGCAAAUUCAAACGUAGGACAGAGGAAGGCUAUUAUGAAGCCAUCACUGCUGUUGAACUCAAAUCACGUAGGAAGGAUGAAUCCUAUGAGGAUAUGCUGAGGAAAAGGAAAGAGGAACUUCUUCAUUGGACCAAAGAGGUGCCCGAGGAGGAAAAGAAGAAAGAAGAGGAGUUAGGCAAACUGACAAUUCCCAUAAUCAAACCAGAAAGAAUAGAACUUUCUCCUAGCAUGGAAGCUCCGAAGAUUAUGGAACGCAUACAGAGUCAAACAGUUUCCAAAAAUGAAGAGGUCCGCUUCAGAGUUAGAGUGGUUGGAAAACCUGAUCCAGAGUGCCAGUGGUUCAAGAAUGGAGUCUUGCUUGAGAAGUCAGAACGUAUUUACUGGUAUUGGCCUGAAGAUCAUGUUUGUGAAUUGGUUAUUAGAAAUGUUUCAGUUGAGGACUCUGCUAGCAUUAUGGUCAAAGCCGUGAACAUUGCUGGAGAGACUUCAAGCCAUGCAUUCUUGCUUGUACAAGCAAAGCAAGUUAUUACGUUUACAGAAGAACUGCAAGAUGUCAAUGCCAAAGAAAAGGAUACUAUGGUGACCUUUGAGUGUGAGACUAAUGAACCAUUUGUCAAAGUGAAAUGGCUCAAGAACAAUUCAGAAAUAUUUUCUGGGGACAAAUAUCGAAUGCAUUCAGACAGAAAGGUGCAUUUCCUGUCUGUGUUGAUCAUUGACAUGGGAGACACUGCAGAGUACAGCUGUGCUGUUAUUGAGGAUGACCAUAUCAGAACCACUGCCAGGCUAAUUGUUGAAGGAGCCCCGCUGGAUAUUGUAAAGUAUCUGGAGAAUAUAGAAGUACCUGAGACCUACUCUGGGGAAUUUGAAUGUGUUGUUUCCCGUGAAGAUGUUGAGGGUACCUGGUACUUCAAAGACAAGGAAAUCACUCCCAGCAGCAAAUAUGUCAUGUCUUCCCGACGUGGACGCCACACUCUCGCUGUCAAAGAUGUCAAGAAGGAGGACCAGGGAAAAUACACUUUUGUCAUUGGUGAACUGAAGACAAGUGGAUCAUUACAUAUGAAAUUACGACCAGUGACAUUGAUGCAAGGACUCACAGACCUGACCAUCUGUGAAGGGGACAUUGCCCAGCUGGAAGUCAGAUUCUCCCAGGAGAAUGUUGAGGGCUCCUGGAUGAAGAAUGGGCAAGCUAUCUCAGCCACUGACCGCAUCCAUGUUGUGAUUGAUAAGAAUACCCACAAGCUUCUUAUUGAAGAUGCCAACAGAGAUGAUGCUGGAACGUAUUCAUUUGUUGUUCCGAUUCAGAAUAUCUCUACGUCUGGCAAAUUAACUGUUCAGACCAUUGGUAUCCUGACCCCAUUAAAGGAUGUGUCUUCAGUUGAGGGUACUAAAGCUGUGCUGGAGGCUAAAAUCUCUGCUGCUGAUAUUAGCUCAGUAAAAUGGUAUCUCAAUGACAAGUUGGUGGUACCCAGUGAAAGAGUCCAGGUGAUCAUUAAAGGAUCCAAACAACGUCUGGUCUUCAGCAGGACCUUUGCCUCAGACCAGGGGCAGUACAGACUGGUUGUUGGCAGAGUUGAUUCCAGCUGCAAACUGACUGUUGAAAAAAUUCACAUUGUGAAGAAUAUGGAAGACCAGGUUUGCACUGAAACCCAGAACGUCACCUUUACGGUUGAGUUGUCCCACCCUGGUAUUGAUGUUCUCUGGGCCUUUAAGAAUCAGCAUCUGAAAACUGGUCCCAAGCACAAGAUUGAGGCAAAAGGCAAACGCUACACCCUGACUGUCAUUGAUACCAUGAAGGAUGAGGAGGGACAAUACACAUUUGCUGCUGGUGAACAGACAUCCAGUGCUAAACUUACUGUAUCAGGUGGUGCCAUUAACAGACCUCUCCAGGAUGUGACUGUAGCAGAGUCUCAGACUGCAGAGUUUGAGUGUGAAGUGGCCAAUCCAAAAACUGAGGGGAAAUGGCUGAAGGAUAGCCGCCCUGUGGAUUUUGGUGACAACAUAAGGAGUGAGAAAGAUGGAGCCGUAAGGCGCCUGGUAAUUGUUAUCACCAGACCUCAAGAUGUUGGUGAAUACACAUACCAGGUGGCCAACUCCAAGACUACUGCCAACCUGAAAGUUGAAGCGGUGAAGGUGCGGAAGACCCUGAGGAACCAGACAGUCACUGAGACCCAGGAAGCAGAGUUCAGUCUCGAGCUGACCCACAAGAAUGUGAAAGGGUUCCAGUGGACCAAGAAUGGUAUUGAAAUCCUGACCAGUGACAAGUAUGAAAUAAUAGUAGAUGGCAUGGUCCACACCCUGAAGAUCAAGAACUGUAACACACAGGAUGAGUCUGUCUAUGGAUUCAAACUUGGGAAACUGUCUGCUAAUGCCCGACUUAAUGUUGAGACAAUUAAGAUUGUGAAGAAACCCAAGGAUGUGACCUCCCUUUUGGAUUCCACUGCAUCUUUUGAGCUGAGCUUGUCCCAUGACAACAUCCCAGUGAAAUGGAUGUUCAAUAAUGUUGAGUUGAAGCCCAGUGAGAACUGCAAGAUACUGUCUGAAAGGAAGGCUCACAAGCUAAUCAUCCAGAAUGUGGACACCCACCAUGCUGGAGAAUACACAGCUGUUCUUGGACAUUUACAGUGCAGCGCAUCACUAUAUGUCGAAGCCCUGCGAGUCACAAAAACAAUGAAGAGCAUUGAAGUCCCAGAGACCCAGGUUUCCACCUUUGAAUGUGAGGUCUCUCACUUCAAUGUCCCAUCCACCUGGCUAAAGAAUGGAGUGGAGAUCGAAAUGAGUGAGAAGUUCAGGAUCGUGGUACAGGGCAAGCUCCACCAGCUCAAGAUAAUGAAUUCCAGCAGAGAUGACUCUGCUGAAUACACCUUUGUAUGUGGAAAUGACAGAGUUUCUGCCACGCUGACAGUCAAUACCAUUUUGAUCACAUCAAUGCUCAAGGACCUCAAGGCUCAAGAGAAAGACACAAUUACCUUUGAGGUGAAUGUAAACUAUGAAGGAAUAACCUACAAGUGGCUGAAGAAUGGUGUGGAGAUCCGGUCAUCAGAAAAAUGCCAGAUUCGCUCCAAACAGCUCACUCACUCACUGACCAUCAGGAACGUACACUUUGGGGAUGGUGGGGAGUACUCCUUUGUGGCUGGGUCUGCAAAAACAUCUGCUAACCUUUAUAUAGAAGCACGUGUUAUUGAAUUCAGAAAGCACAUCAAAGACAUAAAAGUAACUGAGAAGAAAAGGGCAGUUUUUGAAUGUGAAGUCUCUGAGCCAAACAUUCAUGUGAUGUGGAUGAAAGAUGGACAAGAGCUGGAGAUGUCUGAUAGAUACAAGACUACAACUGAGAAAUAUGUGCAUCGCCUAAUGAUCCAAACUGUUCGCAUGUCUGAUGCUGGAGAGUACUCUGUGGUUGCUGGUUCAAGCAUUUCCAAGGCUCAUCUCACUGUAGAGGGCCGGGACGUCAGGAUUACUGAACUCAGGGAGAAGGAAAUAAGUGUUCUUGAGAAGCAGAGAGUUACAUUUGAAUUUGAAGUCAAUGAAGACGACGUUGAAGCUCGUUGGCUGAGAAAUGGAGUCGAGAUUCAAUUAUCAGAUGAGAAAAGGUUCAGCUAUGCAGCUAUCAGAAAGGUCCAUCGCUUGACCAUCGCAGAGACUUACCGCAGUGAUGCUGGGAAGUACACAUUCAUUGCUGGCAGGAACAGGAGUGAAGUUACUCUGCACGUCCAAAUUCCGGAACCUCCCAAGAUCAUCAAGCAAAUCCAGCCCCUAUCGGUGGAGGCUGGCAAGCCUGCCCGUUUCUCUGUGGAAGUAAAAGGCAUCCCUGCACCACAAGUUUUCUGGUACAAGGACUCCCAGGCCCUGUCCCCAGGAUUCAAAUGUAAAUUCCUACAUCAUGGGGAUGUACACACACUGAUGCUCAUCGAAGUCUUCCCAGAGGAUGCAGCUAUCUACAACUUUGAAGCCAAGAAUGACUAUGGCAUGGCUACGAGCUCUGCUUCUCUGACUGUGGAAGUUCCAGAGGUUAUUUCCCCUGAGACUGGAGCUGCAAUAUCUCCCCCUGUGAUCGUUUCUCCAAUGUAUAACACCUCUGCUAUGGAGGGAGAAUCUGCUCGAUUCCAGUGCCGCAUAUCUGGAGAAGACUUGAACAUCAUCUGGUACCGUCAAGACAAGGAGAUCAAGCAGUCUGACAUUUUCAGGAUGUCCCACUUUGAUGAUAACCACCUUCUGGAAAUUAUCAGAGUUUACCCAGGGGAUAAAGGGGAGUAUACUUGUGUUGCCAAAAACUCAGCUGGAAUGGUCUCUUGCUCAGCUGUUCUGACACUUGAAGGUGAAGAUCAAACAGUGAGAACUGUAGCUAGGCAAAGUGUUUCAAGCACUGGAGAAUCCACAAAAGAAAGCGCCAUAUCUCAGUCUUCCAGUGAAACCUCAAUGACCUCACUAUUUACCCAAAAAGGGGAAGCAUAUUCAAAACAGUUUCAGUCAGUGGAGGAGCAUUCCCACAGUGUUCAGUUUGAGGCUGUGUCUGAGAUGUCCACGAUGAAGAUUUCUACAUCAUCAUCAGUACAAAGAGCAGUUGUCCACCAGUCUGUGGACCAAUCUGAUAUGAGCGCUGCCAGGAGCCCUGCUGUACUUCUGAAACUGAAUGAUCUCAGAGUGAGAAUUGGAGAAGUGGCCCAGUUCAUCUGUUCCUUUGAUGGGCAACCCUUUACUGAGAUCUUGUGGGAGCAUGAUGAAAAGAAGGUCACAAACACAGAGAGGAUGGAAUGCUUACAAAAUGGAGGAUUGUUGUGCCUCACUAUUCACAAUGCCCAGCUCAGGGACCAGGGGUGUUAUUGCUGCACUGUCAAAAAUAAUCAUGGCGAGAACAGAACAUCUGCACAGCUUGUGGUGGAAGCCGAAGAAGCAAAUGCCAAAGCAGAAACCCCAGUCCCCUGCGAUUCAGUCAGUAAUGGUUCUCAAACAGACAAAGAGCGCAGUAAAAAGCCCGCUGACAAAGACAAGCAGGAGACCCCUCAGAAACAUGGACCUUCAUCGCCCACUGCCCACAGCAUACAGGGGCAGAUGAGCCUAAACUAUUUUGCUGGUGCUGUGCCCAACGAAAAAGCAGAAAUCUGCAGUGCCCCCAUCCCAGAGUUUCUUCAGAAGCUGCCCUCAGAACCUCAUGCAAAAUAUGGAGAUGGCUUGUCUCUCUUUUGUGUUAUGAAAGGAAUACCCUCUCCAUUUGUCAUUUGGUUAUACAAUCAAUUGAUUGUUGAAGAGUCAGUAUCGUUCUCAUUGAAACACGAUGGGCCCCUGUGCGGUUUAAGUCUAAAGAACAUUGGUCCUAGGCAAGGCGAUACUUACACAUGCAAAUUAGUCAAUUCCGAUGGAGACGCUGCCUGCAGCACUCACCUCAGGGUGACCAAAGCGACAAAAAUGGAGAGGGAUACUUCAGCCAGAAUCGAGGAUCAAGUCAAAGCACCACCUGUUUUUAAGCACAAAAUCCAGCCCCUGGAGAUUAAUCUUGGGAGUCGUGCCAAGUUUGAGUGUGAGAUUGAAGAUGCACCCAACGUGAAGUUCAAGUGGUACAAGUCUGGCACUGAGAUCAGAGAGAGCGAUAGGUGCCGGAUCAUAAGUCGAUACAACACCUCCUUGAUGGAGUUUCUGAACCCAGCCAAAGCUGACAGUGGUCAAUAUACCUGCAAAGCUACAAAUCAACAUGGCAGUGACAGUUGCACAGCUUCCCUGACAGUGACUGAGGUUUUCCCACCUGUCUUUGUUACGAAGCCUGAUCCAAUGACUUUAUAUGUGGGCAAACAAGCAAGACUUCAGUGUGUAGUUUCCGGCUCCUCCCCAAUGAAUAUUGUAUGGCAGAAAGGCAAUGUUUCAAUUUCUGCAGAAGCAAACUACAAAAUGACCUCUGAAAGGAACAGACACACUCUUGAAAUUGUGAAACUUAGUCUAAAUGAUCAGGGCGAGUAUCACUGCAGAGCAUCAAACAGUGUUGGAACUGACAUGUGUAGCACAGAACUGAGGGUGAUUGAUAAGCCCAAUUUUGUCAAAACCUUUGAAACGGUAUCAGUAGCUGUGGGAAACCCACUACGACUAGAAUGUCAAGUGGAUGAAGACACUGGUGUAACUAUUACCUGGACCAGAGAUGGCAAGAAAAUUCAUAACACAAUGGAUCACAAACUUUCUUUUGAAGACAAACUUGCCAUUCUUGAAAUUACACAUUCAAAUCUUAAAGACACUGGGAAAUAUGUUUGCACUGCUACAAAUGAUGCUGGAAGCAGUAGCUGUUCUUCAAUGGUAUCUGUACAAGAGCCCCCAACUUUUGUUAAGAGACUGGAACCAAAGAUCCUCUGGAAACAUGGUGUGACAGCACGUCUACAGUGUACAGUUAAAGGCUCACCUGAGCUUCACAUCACCUGGUUUAUGAAUGACCAUGAACUGAUGACUGGAGAGAAGCAUAAACUCACCUUCAAAGAUGGCCAAGCAGUUUUGGAGAUAAAUGGUGCUUCUGUGGCUGACAGUGGAAAUUACACUUGUGAAGUGUUAAAUGAAGCUGGGUGUGAAAGCUGCAGUGCUCUAUUAACAAUAAAAGAACCCCCUUCCUUCAGAAGGGAAUUGAAAAUGGUUGAAGUAGUAAGAGGAACGACUGCCAAACUUGAAUGUGAAGUUUCUGGGACACCUCCAUUUGAUGUCCACUGGUUUAAAAAUAAGAAAGCUGUUUCCACUGAUAGAAAGUUUACGAUCACUGUCCAAGAUGCCAUUGCCUGUUUGGAGAUCAGUUCAUUUGAAAGUACUGAUGUUGGGGACUACCAGUGUUCUGUAUCAAAUGAUGUAGGCAAAGUCUCCUGCACAUCAUUAGCUAAAUUGAAAGAGCCUCCAUUUUUCUCAAAGAAGAUUGAAAACAUUUCAGCAGUUUUGGGAAGUACAGUUAGGCUGCAGGGCACUCUUAAAGGAUCAGCCCCAAUCAACGUCACAUGGAUGAAGGAUUCUGAAAUGCUGAGGGAUGAUGAUCCAAAUGUGUCACUGGAAUUUGAGAAUAAUAUUGCUGUUCUAACAAUAACAACUGUCAACAUCAUCCAUAGUGGUAAAUACACUUGUCAGGCUGAAAAUGAAGCUGGGAAACAGAAAUGUGAAGCUACUUUAUCAGUUCAAGAACCAGCUAGAAUAAUAGAAAAGACAGCAUCCAUCAGCGUGACUGCAGGGGAUCCAGUAUCCUUAGAGUGCACAGUCGCAGGAAGCCCGGAGCUUAAAGUGAAAUGGUUCCAAGAUGGAAAGGAGAUAACAGACACCCGGAAAUAUAAAAUUACCUUUAAGAAUAAUGUGGCCAUCUUGAAAAUUCUUGCAGCAGAAAAGAGAGACUGUGAAUAUAUGGUGGAAGUGGCCAAUCGUGUUGGAAAAGACCAGUGUUCUUGUUCUGUCACUGUGCUAGAUCGAAUCGUAGCACCAUCAUUCACAAAACCUCUUAAAAAAGUUGAUGGAAAUGUUGGUUCCAACAUCAGUAUGGAGUGCAGAGUCACUGGGUCUCAGCCUGUGACUGUUUCUUGGUACAAAGAUGAUACAGAAGUCACCGCUGGUUCAAAAUAUAAAAUGGAAUUCACGGAAAGCACAGCAUCUUUGGGAAUUACUCAUUUAGAAAAGUCUGAUGCUGGAACAUAUACCUGUCGUGCAAAAAAUGCGGCAGGAAGUGGAGAGACCAGUGGAACUCUGUCUGUAAAAGAGCCUCCAACGUUCACAGUAAAGCCAGACUCUCAAAAUGUCAUACCGGGAUCAAAAGUGACUUUAAAGUGUGCUUUCACUGGAACAGCCCCAUUUACCAUUAAGUGGUUCAAAGGGGACAAGGAAAUAUCCACUGGAGGAACAUGUUUUAUCAAAAAAGAUGCAUCCUCAAGUUUGUUGGAACUUAAUUCAGUAAAGCCGAAAGAUUCAGAUAAUUACUCUUGCCAAGUUGCCAAUGAUGCUGGGAAGGUGACUUGCACCGCUGUCUUGUUUGUAAAAGAACCUCCGACAUUUGUGAAGAAGCUUGAGUCUUCAAAACUUUCACAGAAGGGAAGUCCUGUGUUUUUGGAAUGCAAUGUAGCCGGCAGCCCGACAAUCAAAAUUAAGUGGUUCAAGAAUGAGACUGAAAUUAAGUCUGGCGAUAAGUACAAAAUGGACUUCAUAGACUCUGUAGCUAAUCUGGAGAUUCCAGCCAGUGAUCUUGAUGAUAGUGGGGAAUACAUUUGUGAGGCGUCAAGUGAAGCUGGUAUUGACCGGUGCAAAAGUGUGGUUUCAAUCAAAGAACCACCAAUCUUUACGAAAGUUCUUGAAUCCAAGGAAGUUGUCAAAGGAUCUGAUUUUGUGUUGGAGGGGAAUAUUUCAGGCUCACCUCAAUUUGAAAUUUCAUGGUUUAUGGAUUCUAAGCCAAUCAGAAAUGACAGAAAACACCAGAUGAGUUUUCAGAAUGAUACAGUUUACCUCAAGAUUCUGAAAUGUGAAGCAGGAGAUAUUGGAAAAUACCAAUGCAUAGUAGAAAAUGAAGUGGGGAAAUGUUCCUGUGAUUGUGAAGUGACAUUGAAAGAACCUCCAACAUUUGUGCAGAAGAUGGAGAAUGCAAGUUGUCUCGUUGGCAAUGAAAUUACAAUGCUUUGCAUGCUAAAAGGAUCACUCCCAAUGACCUUUUCAUGGAUAAAAGAUGAUUAUGAGGUUAAAGACGAUGAAAAUAUAAGAAUGUCCUUUGAGGACAGAACUGCAAGACUGCAUAUAACAAACAUUCAGAUAAAACAUAGUGGAAAGUAUACUUGUCAGGCGAAGAAUGAAGCUGGAAGUCAGAAAUGCUCUGCUUCAUUGGAAGUUAAAGAACCUGCAAACAUUACUGAAAGAGCAAAGUCAAUCAGUGUUACUGCUGGGGAUCCUGCCACACUGGAAUGCAGGUUCUCAGGAACCAAAGUCUUGAAAGCAAAGUGGCUGAAAGAUGGAAAGGAGCUGAUAUCAGGCCCAAAAUAUAAAGUGCAAAGCACCAACAAGAGCUCCACCUUAAAGAUUCUUGCUACUGCAAAGAGCGACAGUGGAGAAUACUCUUUUGAGGUCUCCAACGAUGUUGGUCGCAGCACAUGUGAAGCUGUUAUUACUGUUCUAGACCAAAUAAUAAAACCAACUUUCACAAGAAAAUUGAAACAGAUGGACAGCAUCAAAGGAUCAUUUGCCCACCUUGAGUGUCUUAUUUCUGGCUCCCUGCCCAUAAGUGUCCGCUGGUACAAAGACAACAAGGAGAUCGUGGCAGACGAAAAGCACAAAUGCUCAUUUUUUGAAAACACAGCAUUUUUGGAAAUCCUCAAUCUUUCUAGUUCGGACAGUGGCAGCUAUACCUGUAUUGCUGAAAACAAAGCAGGAAGUGAUCAGUGCUCUGGUCCAUUAAUUGUGAAAGAACCGCCAACGAUAUUAGAAAGACCGGAGUCAAUGGAUGUCUUGCCUGGAUCCAGAGUAAAAUUAAAUAUAUUAAUAAGUGGCACUCCACCCCUGAAUAUCAAGUGGUUUAAAGACAACAAGGAGAUUGUAUCCAGCUCUGACUGCUUAGUUCAGAGGGAUAACAUUUCAAGUUCACUGGAGCUCUUUUUUGCCAAGGCCUCAGACUCUGGAGAUUACUCCUGUGAGAUCAAGAAUGAUGUUGGCUCUGAUGCCUGCAAAGCAACACUAUUUGUGAAAGAACCUCCAAAAUUUAUUCGGAAACCUGAGAAAGUAGCAGUGGUAAAACCAGGACAAAAUAGGAAAUUUGAAUGUCAGGUUGUUGGAACUCCUGAAAUUUACAUCUAUUGGUUCAGAGAUGGAAAUGAAAUCAGUCCCAGUGACAAAUAUAAGAUUUCCUUUGUUAAUGCCAUGGCAAGCUUGGAAAUACUUGGUGCUGAUACAAAAGAUACCGGAGUGUAUUACUGUGAGGCACGCAAUGAUGCUGGUAGUGAGAGCUGCAGCAUGGAUUUGAAAGUGAAAGAGCCCCCAGCCUUUGUAAAAGAAUUGACACCGCUUGAAGUUGUGAAUGGUUCUGAUGCACUGUUUGAAUGCAAAGUUACUGGUACUGCUCCAUUUGAAAUAACUUGGCUGAAGGAUGCAAAGGAGAUCAAGUCAAGUAAAAGACACACUGUUUCAUGGAAUAAUGAUAUUUUAAGUGUGCAAAUAUUGAAAUGUGACGAUUUAGACGUUGGUGAAUACCAAUGCACUGUUGCAAAUGAUGUUGGAAGUUGCUUUUGCAGGACUAUGCUCCGUAUGAAAGAGCCUCCAUCAUUUGUAAAGAAGAUUCAAAAUGUGGCCACUGUAUUUGGAAAAGCGGCUGAAUUCCAAUGCGUUGUGAAAGGGUCACCACCCCUUACUGUUCAAUGGCAGAAAGAUGAAGAAUGGAUCCAAGAGGAUGCCAAAAUUGAAAGGACUUUUGAUGGCAAUGUGGUAUCUUUGAGAAUUGCAGUCUCUGAAGCCUGUCACACUGGUAGAUAUACCUGUCAGGUCAUGAAUGAGGCUGGACAGGAGAGGAGCUUUGCAACUCUGCUGGUGCAAGAGCCACCUCAAAUUAUUGAGAAGUCUGAAACAGUAAAUGUAACUGUUGGUGAUCCAGUCAGUAUGGAGUGCAAGGUGUCAGGCACUCCUGAACUCAAAGUCAAGUGGAAAAGAAAUGGAAAAGAGCUUGUGUCCAGCAGACAGCACAAACUCAGUUUUGUGAAUUCUUUGAGUAGUCUUAAGAUUCAGUCUGCACAACUGAAUGAUGGUGGGGACUAUACUUUUGAGGUUACCAAUGAUAUUGGGGCCUCCAGUUGCAGGAUUACUUUAGUUGUAGUAGAACAAAUUAUUGCUCCAUCUUUCAUCAAACCAUUGGUUGAAAUAUGGGAAGUACUGGGAUCUUUUGUACAACUUAAAAGCAAAGUUUCUGGUUCUCUUCCAAUGUCUGUGGAAUGGAAAAAAGAUGGAAAUGUCAUCACUGGCAGAACAAAGCAUAAGCUUAUGCAGGAAGAGAACUCUGUAUUAUUGGAGAUUGAGCAUUUGGAGAAAAUGGAUGCUGGGACUUACACUUGUAAAUUAUCAAACAAAGCAGGAAGUUGUGAGUGCAGUGCAGCACUGAUGGUGAAAGAACCACCAAGCUUUGUGUCCGAACCAGAAUCCCAGGCUGCUCUUCCUAAAUCAACUGUACAUUUCAAAUGCACUUUGAAAGGAACACCCCCUUUUAUUGUGAAGUGGUUCAAAGAAGAUACGGAAUUGGUAACUGGGCCAUCAUGUAUGACUGGAAUGGAAGGAUCAUCAUGCUUUUUAGAUCUUUAUUCUUGUGGAACUUCUCAAACUGGAAUUUAUUUUUGCCAAGUUAGCAAUGAUGCUGGUACUGCAAGAUGCACUGCCAAUUUAUUGGUGAAAGAACCUCCUGAAUUUGUGCUGAAGCUGCCAACCACAAAGUUUGUGAAGCAGUUUGAGCUGCUACGUUUUGAGUGCAAAGUAACUGGAACACCCCCGCUUCAAAUGUCUUGGUACAAAAAUGACAAUAGGCUCACAGAAGGUGACAACUACAGGAUGUCAUUUGUGGACUCACUGGCAGUCCUUGAUGUUCACUCCACAAGAUUUGAAGACAGUGGUGUCUACACCUGUGAAGCUCAAAAUGAUGCCGGGAGUAUCAGCUGUAGUACCACACUCACAGUCAAAGAACCACCAUCUUUCAUCAAAGCACCUAAAACUGUGGAAGGACUGAGAGGCAAGGAUAUCAGUAUAAAUUGUGAAUUAUCUGGUACCCCACCCUUUGAGAUAACUUGGUACAAAGACAAAAAGCCUCUGAAGGAAAGCAGAAAAUACAAGUUGGUGCAGGAGGGUGGCUCUGCUACUCUUCAUAUUCUCAGUUUGGAUGCCUCUGAUCCUGGUGAAUACCAGUGCAAAGCAUCAAACCAAGUAGGAAGUGAUACAUGUUCUAGCACAGUUAAACUCAGAGAGCCACCCGCCUUUGUGCAGAGACUGUCCAAUUUGACAGCGAUUUCUGGUGAAGAAGUAACUUUGACUGCCACUGUCAAAGGCUCCCAACCAAUUUCUGUUUCUUGGGUGCAAGACAAAGAUCAUAUCCUCAGAGAUGGUGAUAACCGAAAGAUUGCCUUUGAGAACAACCAGGUCACUUUGAGAAUCUUUAAAGCUGAUGCAACAUCCCCUGGCAAAUACACCUGCCAACUUAAAAAUGAUGCUGGAGUGGUGGAGUCCAUUGCUAAUUUAACUGUCCUAGAGCCUGCUUCGAUUGUGGAUAGACCAGAGUCUUUCAGUGUCACUGCAGGUGAUACUGCUGCAUUUGAAUGCACAGUAGCUGGUACACCAGAGCUGACCCCAAAAUGGUUCAAAAAUGGUGUUGCGCUAUCUUCUGGCCGAAAGUACAAUAUCACUUUCUCUAAAAUGAUUUCCAGCCUCAAGGUCCUGUCAGCAGAGAAAGGUGACACUGGAGAGUACACUUUUGAAAUUAUGAAUGAGGUUGGCAAAGACACCUGCAAAAUGAACCUCACUGUACAAGAUAAAAUCAUACCUCCCACGUUUACACGGAAAUUGAAGGAUACUCAAGCAAUUGUGGGUAAACCUGUUGAGAUGGAUUGCAAAGUUUCAGGUUCCGCUCCUUUCACUAUCUCUUGGUAUCAUGAUGGACAAGAGAUCAGAAGUGGACCAAACCAUGAAAUUUCAUUUACUGACAACACCUGCACCUUGAAAGUACCCACUUUAAAGCUUACAGACUCUGGCAUGUACAAAUGCAAAGCUGUGAAUGAAGCUGGAGGCAAUGAGACCAGUGCUUCUUUGAUGGCGAAAGAACCCCCAUCUUUCAUCACACAACCGCAACCUGUGGAAGCUCUACCUGGUACAAAUGUUGUUUUUUCUGCAACGGUGAAGGGAAGUGCACCUCUGAAGCUGAAAUGGUUCAGAGGCAGUACAGAAAUGAUCUCUGGACGGGGCUGUGAAAUUUCUUUACGGGGUAGUACUGCAUCUCUGGAACUGUACAAUAUUGACAAAUCUCAUGCUGGAGAGUAUACCUGCCAGAUCAUUAAUGAUGUUGGAAAGGAAAAUUGCCCUGUCAACCUGUUUGUGAAAGAACCAGCACACUUUGUGAAGAAACUGAGAGACUAUGCUGUUGAAAAAGGAAAAUUAUUGUUGCUUGAAUGCACAUAUUCUGGAAGUCCAGAAAUAAUGGUGAAGUGGCUCAAGGAUGGCCAUGAGCUCUUUUCUUCUUAUAAAUACAAUAUCACAACCACAGAGAAUUCCUGCAUAUUGGAGUGUCUUAACAGUGACAAAGAUGAUUGCGGGAAAUACUCUUGUGAGGUUUCCAAUGCAGCUGGAAGUGAUACCUGUCAUGCUCAAGUGACCAUUUUAGAACCACCAUACUUUAUUGAAAACUUGGAACAAAUGGAAGUUACAGCAGGGGAUGCACUUUGCCUGAAAUGUCAAAUUGAAGGCACUCCAGAAAUAAAAGUGUCUUGGUUUAAGGCAGAUGGCAAACUACGCUCCAGUGGUACAUGCAAAAUGGAGUUCAUGAGAGGCAUAGCCUGUUUAAAAUUAAGCAAAGUUAUCAAAACUGAUGCUGGUGAAUACACAUGUAAAGCUGAGAACAGCGUUGGAUCAGCCUCCACGAGCUGUCGUAUAAUGGUGCAAGAUGCCAAAACAGCACCAUCCUUUACAAAGAAGAUAACAAGUCUCCAGAAAACCAUAGGACAACCUGUUAUAUUUGAGUGCCAUGUUGUAGGGUCCUCACCUGUGGAAGUUUCUUGGCUUAAAGAUGGUGAAUCUUUGAAAUAUAAUGAUGAAUAUUCAAUGUCUUUUGAUGACAACACUGCUGUUCUAAAAAUUGCCGGAGCUGGAACGAGACACUCUGGGGAACAUACUUGUGUAGCUACCAACAGUGUUGGGACGGCUUCUUGUCGAGCCAAGCUCACACUUCAAGAGCCAAAAUAUCCUCCUGUUUUCGAUAAAAAGCUGUUGCCCUUGGAGGUUUCAGUGGGUGAUAGUGUCGAACUUGAAUGCCACAUGACUGGAACUGUGCCGAUAAAAGUUACAUGGUCAAAAGAUCACAAGGAUAUUCGCUCAGCAGGAAAUUAUAAAAUCUCCUGUGUGGAUAAUAACCCACGUCUGACCAUUUUGAAAGCUGAUAAAGCAGACUCUGGCCAUUAUUCUUGCCAUGCAAGUAAUGAAAUUGGGAAGGACUCUUGUACCGCUGAAGUUUCAGUGAAAGAGCGUAAAACACCACCCACCUUCACCAAAAAACCUUCUGAAACCAUUGAAGACUCAGAGGGGAAGUUGGUUAAGCUUGAAGCACGUGUCGCAGGAUCCCAGCCCAUGAGUGUCAGUUGGUUCAAAGAUAACAGUGAAGUCCACAGUUCUGACAAUUAUGAGACAUCCUUCAAGAGUAAUCUGGCAGUGCUGGUCAUCAAGAAGGCCAACCUCUCUGACUGUGGAAGAUACACUUGCAAGGCUUCCAAUGAAGCUGGGGCUACCUCCUGCCAGUCAUCUGUAGUCAUCACAGAGUGCAAAACACCUCCAGUCUUUGAUGAUCCUCUCAAACCAGUGACAGUGAACGAAGGCGCUAAGCUGCACCUCUCCUGCCAUGUUCGUGGAUCUCCACCGCUGAAGGUCCAGUGGAUGAAGGACAGGAAGGAUAUUAAAUCCUCUGCUAAGACCAAGAUUACCUUUAUGGAUGGCACUGCUACUUUGGAAAUCUCCUCUGUUUCAAAAACAGAUGCUGGUGACUAUCUUUGUAAAGCUACCAAUGACGCCGGAAGUGAAUUCUGCAAAUCCAGAGUGACUGUAAAAGAAAAAGGGAAGGGGGCACCAUCAGCCACUGAGGAGGCUUCAGCAAUAGCCAAACCUGCUAAGAAAUUGGACAACCUGUUCUUUAUUGAAGAGCCCAAGACUGUCCACGUGUCAGAGAAGAGCACUGCAACUUUCAUUGCCAAAGUUGGGGGCGAUCCCAUUCCCAAUGUAAAAUGGAUGAAGGGCAAGUGGAGGCAAAUGACUCAUGGUGGCCGAGUCACAAUUGAACAGAAGGGGCAGGAUGCUAAGCUGGAGGUCAGGGAAGUGACCAAAACUGACUCUGGGCAAUACAGAUGUAUUGCAUCCAACAAGCAUGGAGAAAUUGAAUGUAACACUGACUUGAAUGUCAGUGAAAAGAAAGAAGUUGCAGCACUUGAUGGAGACCUUAGAGCAAAACUAAAAAAGACUCCAUCAAAACAGAAGAGCCCACAACAAGAACAAGAAAUUGACAUUGUGGAGUUGCUGAGGAAUGUGGAUCCAAAAGAGUAUGAGAAAUAUGCACGCAUGUACGGGAUUACAGACUUCCGUGGGCUUCUUCAAGCUAUUGAAUUCCUGAAGAAGGAGAAAGCAGACGAAACUGGAAGACCUGAAUUGGAACAUGGAAGAAGAGAAUCUGAUGAGGAUUUAGACAAACUUGUAUCUGACUUGCAAAAGAGGAUGGAACAGACUGAGCCUAUCACUCUGGUUAAAGACAUCACAGAUCAAACUAUUGUCACAAACAAGGAGGCAGUGUUUGAGUGUGAGAUCAAGAUCAACUACCCUGAAAUCAGUUUGUCCUGGUACAAGGGAACACAGAAGCUUGAUACCAAUGACAAGUAUGAUAUCAAAAUUGUUGGUGAUCGUCACCUGCUGAAAAUUAAGCGCUGUCAGCCCAGAGACCAGGGAAAUUACCGUGUUGUCUGCGGCCCGCACAUUUCCAGUGCCAAACUGACAGUCAUUGACACCGAAGCAGAAGAGCAUCUGAAGCCUGCUGACAAACAAAUCAAUUUCACUAAGCGCAUCCAGACCACUGUGGUGAACAAACACCAGUCUGCAACCUUCGGAUGCGAGGUGACAUCUGACAGCGCAUUCAUUACCUGGUACAAAGACACAUGGGAACUUAAAGAUAGCCCAAAGUACAACUUUAGAAGUGAAGGCCACCAACACUUUAUGACCAUCUGCAAUGUUACCUCAGAAGAUGAAGGCAUGUAUUCAGUGGUUGCUCGAUUGGAGUCCAGAGGGGAAGUUAAAAGCUCUGCUAAACUUUGCCUGUCUGACGAAGAUGUCGCUGAUUCAUCUUUGCAAGUGAUUGGUGUGCCAUCUACUAUUACAUCUAGAGAUGAGAUGUCCUUUGAAAGCAUUGUUUAUGAGGGGAAGACAGAAAUGAAAGCUCCCAGGAUGCCUGUUGAUGAAACUGUCCCGAAAACUACUAUAGGAAUGAGAGAGGAAAUGCCAACUGAAGUUCCUGGUGCUUUCAAGAAACCUGAAGAAGAGCUGACUUUCCCAGCUGUGCCUGAAGCAGCAGCACCAACCAAAGUGCCUGAAGAGAGGAUGCCUGUGGACAAAAAGAUACCAGUAACUGGGUGUAAACAAGACCAGCUGUCACCUGAAGAAUAUGAAGAGCCUAAGAAGCAUGUUCCUCAAUCAGCUCCUUUUGCUGUCCCUGCUAAAGAUCAGAUUACUUCUCAAGAAGAUGUUCCAGAAUCUAUAGCUCACGUGGCUCCUGAGCCUAAACCAAGCAUAACACCUAAACUUAAAGAGCCAUCUACCAGAGUUGAACCUGCAAAACAGCCUGUACCACCAAAGAAAGCUGAAGCACUUCUAUCCGAAGUUCCUGAGGAGGAAAGGAAACCAAUGCCACCAAAACAAGUUCCCACUAUAAAAACAAAGCCAGUGCCUGCCGACAUGAAGAAGGCUACUACAGAUAAACCUGAAUUUAUAGCUGAAGUGGCUCCUGAGCCCAAACCCCACAUUAUACCUGGGCCUAAAGAAGUACCUGCUAAGGCUGUACCUGAACCAGUACCUGCACCACUAAAGAAAGCUGAAGCACUCCCAUCUGAAGUUACUGAGGUGGUAAAGAAACAAGAGCCACCAAAACCAGAGCCUGCUAAAAAGACGAUACCUACUUUUCCACAGAAAGUUUCUGAGAAGAUAGAGCCACCACAUCCAGAGCCUGCUAAAAAAACAGAACCAAUACCUGCUUUUCCAAAGGAGACUUCUCCACAGAAAGUUCCUGAGAUGAAACAGAAGAAAGUACCUGUUGAGAAGGCUCCAGAGGUUGUGCCUGAAAGGGAUAUGGAGAUAGCACUUGCCAAAGUGCCCACAGCAGAGAAGAAAACCUUGCCAGAGACACCACAGCCUAUCCCUGAACCUCUUGAAGAGACUGUAUCAUCUCCAGAAGAUGAAGACAAAGGCCCAGUUACAGCACCUGGACCUGGAGCUAAGAAAGAUGGGAAGCCAAAAGAAGAACCAGGCAAAGGCAGAGCCAUUAAACUAAGGCAAACCCCAUCCCCUGGUGAUGGUGACAAGAGGAAAGGUAUGAGGCCUGGUGGAGGAGGAGGAGACAAGCCCCCAGGGGAUUCACCAUUUGGAUUCCAGCUCAAGGCUGUGCCACUGAAGUUUGUGAAAGAGAUAAAAGACAUUGUGUUACUGGAAGCUGAGUCAAUUGGCUCCUCGGCUGUUUUUGAGUGUCAGAUCUCGCCCUCUACUGCUAUCACCUCAUGGAUGAAGGAUGGAAGCAACUUGAGGGAGGGCCCAAAACACAAAUUUACUUCAGAUGGCAAGGAUCGUAAACUGGCAAUUAUUGAUGUCCAGCUCUCUGACACUGGCGAAUACACGUGUGUUGCCAAGCUUGGCAAUAAAGAAAAGACAUCCACAGCCAAACUUAUUGUUGAAGAACUACCUGUUAGAUUCACAAAAAACCUGGAAGAGGAGAUUACAGUAUUCAAGGGACAGCCUAUGUACUUGUCCUGUGAGUUGAGCAAAGACAAAGAUGUUGUCUGGAAGAAAGAUGGUAAGCCUCUCAAGGCAGUCGCAGGCAAGCUGGCUAUCAACAUCAUUGGACUUCAGCGUGCUGUUACAAUCCAGGAUGCUGGGGAUGAAGAUGCUGGUGUUUACACAUGUGUGUGUGAAAACAUCAAGACUGAAGGAGGUGUCAAAGUCAUUGAAAUCAUUAGAGAUUGGUUGGUGAGACCCUUAAGGGACCAGCAUGUGAAACCCAAGGCCACUGCCGUCUUCAAGUGUGAACUGUGUAAGGACACUCCAAACUGGAAAUGGUUUAAAGGAGACAAGGAGAUUCCUAAAGACCCCACCAAUAAGACUGAAGUAAAGAAGGAUGGGAAAGAUCUCAUUCUGACCAUUAAAAAUUGUGCUCCGGAUGAUGUUGAGGAAUAUUGCUUGGAGAUUGAAGGCCAGAGAUACCCAGCAAAGCUAACUCUUGGAGAACGUGAAGCAGAGAUCUUGAAGCCCCUCACCAGCGUGGAGGUCUACGAGAAACAGAGUGCCAACUUUGAUACAGAAAUUUCUGAAGAGGAUAUUCCUGGAGAAUGGAAACUUAAAGGACAGAUUUUGACUAGAUCACCAACCUGUGAUAUCAAAGCAGAGGGCAAUAAGCGUUUCCUUACUCUGAAAAAUCUCCAAGUUGACCAGUCUGGUGAAGUCUCUUACCAAGCUCUUAAUGCAGUGACAACUGCACUUCUCACUGUCAAAGAAACUGAAAUGGACUUCACUGUCCCAUUAAAGGAUGUGACAGUGCUUGAAAAGAAGCAGGCUAAGUUUGAGUGCACUAUCACAAGAGACGUACCCAAAGUUAUUUGGACAAAGGGAUCAGAAAUUAUUACAUCUGGCAAGAAGUAUGAGAUCAUUGAUGAUGGGAAGAAACAUAUGUUGAUCAUCAAUAAUUGUGACUUUGAUGAUGAAGGACAUUAUGCUAUUGAAGUCUUGAGCAAAAAGUCAAUAGCCAAACUUACAGUGAAAGAGGGAGAUGCGUACUUCACAGUUAAGUUACAAGACUAUACUGCAACUGAGAAAGAUGAUGUCAUCCUGGACUGUGAGUUGAGCAGGGAAGUGCCAGUGAAGUGGUACCAUAAUGACAAUGAAAUCAAGGCUUCUAAGAUGGUCACCAUGAAGGCUGAAGGCAAACGUAGAAUACUGUCUAUUAAGAGAGUGGCAGACAAAGAUAAGGGAAAUUAUGUUUGUGACUGUGGAACAGACAAGACCAUGUCAAAUAUUAAUAUUGAAGCUCGUGAUAUCAAGGUGAUCCGCCCCAUGUAUGGUGUGGAGGUCUUUGAUGGAGAGACGGCUCGGUUUGAGGUGGAAAUCUCUGAGCCUGAUGUCCAUGGCCAAUGGAAACUGAAAGGAGAUGUCUUGACUCCUUCCUUUGAUAUUGAAAUUGUUGAAGAUGGUCCCAAGCAUGUCUUGACUUUAUACAACUGCAAGAUCCCCCAGUCAGGAGAAGUGGUAUUCCAGGCUGCCAAUGCCAAGUGUGCAGUCAAUCUAAAAGUGAAAGAGCUCCCACUCACCUUCAUGACCCCUCUGUCCGAUGUGAAAGUAUAUGAAAAGGAUGAGGCGAGAUUUGAGUGUGAAGUGUCUCGAGAAGCCAAGUCCUUCCGCUGGCUUAAAGGAACUCAGGAGGUGAAAGCUGAUGAGAAGUUUGAAAUCAUCCAUGAGGGAAAGAGGCAUAUCUUGGUGGUGAAAUCUGCUGCAUAUGAAGAUGAAGCAAAGUAUAUGUUUGAGGCUGAAGAUAAGAGAACCACUGGCAAACUGAUUAUUCAAGGAAUUCGCCUUGAGUUUGUCAAGCCCAUCAGAGAUGUUACAGUCAAAGAGCGUGAGACUGCAGAGUUCAGUGUUGAACUGUCUCAUGAGAAGGUUCCAGUCACUUGGUACAAAAAUGAUGUGCGUCUGCACCCGAGCAAAGUAGUGCACUUAUCGGAGGAUGGCAAGAUCCACACCCUGGCCUUCAAAGAGGUGUCCAUUGAUGACACUUCACUGAUUAAGGCAGAGGCAAUGGGAAAAAGCACUGAAGCUAUGCUUACUGUCCUUGAGGGAGAGCCAUAUUUUGUCACCAAAUUGCAGGAUUACACUGCUGUUGAGAAGGAUGAAGUGAUGCUAGUGUGUGAGCUAAGCAAGCCUGCAGCAGAAGUGAAAUGGUUCAAAGAUGGCAAGGAGAUCACGCCCUCUAAGAACGUCUUGAUGAAAGCAGAUGGCAAGAAGCGUAUUCUGAUUGUGAAGAAGGCAGAAAAGGGCAACAUUGGGGAAUACACUUGUGACUGUGGCUCUGACAAGACCACUGCUAAACUUAACAUUGAGGAGCGUGAUAUCAAGAUAAUCCGCCCUCUGUACAGUGUGGAGGUGACAGAAACAGAAACUGCUCGCUUUGAGACUGAGAUCUCAGAGGAAGAUGUCCACGGCCACUGGAAACUCAAAGGAGAGACCCUUCACCAGUCUCCUGACUGUGAAAAGAAGGAAGAAGGAACCAAGCACUUUCUCAUCCUGUACAAUGUGCGAAUGGCCCAGGCUGGUCCUGUAGAUUUCCAGGCUGCUAAUGCUAAAUCCACUGCUCAGCUUAGAGUUAAAGCACGGAUGAUUGGCCUGCUGCAGCCCCUCAGGGAUGUUACAGUUACCGCUGGGGAGACCGCCACCUUUGAAUGCGAACUCUCAUAUGAAGGGAUUAAAGUGGAAUGGUUCCUUGGGGGCACAAAGCUGGAGCCAAGUGACAGAGUUGUCACUCGUGCAGAAGGCAGAGCUCACAUGCUGACUCUGAGGGAUGUGAAAAUGUCAGAAGCAGGAGAAGUCAAACUGACCGCCAAAGACUUCAUCACUCAGGCUAAGCUCUUCGUAAAUGAGCCACCAGUUGAGUUCACUAAACCUCUGGAGGAUCAGACUGUUGAGGAGGAGGCCACUGCCAUUCUGGAGUGUGAAGUCUCCAGAGAAAAUGCUGAAGUUACAUGGUUUAGAGAUGGACAGGAAGUCCGUAAAACUAAGAAGUACGACAUUGUUGCUGAUGGCCGAAAGAGAAGACUCAUUAUCCAUGACUGUACACUUGAUGAUUCAAGGAUGUAUACCUGUGAUGCCAAAAAUUUCAAAACUUCUGCUCUCCUCACUGUUGAGCCUCCACAUAUUGAGUUCACAAAGCCACUCCAUGAUGUUGAGGUUAAAGAGAAAGAAUCAGCCAAAUUUGAAUGUGAAGUUUCCCGUGAAAAUGCAAAGGUCCAUUGGUUCAAAGAUGGCACUGAAAUCAGAAAGAGCAAGAAGUAUGAAAUUAUCGCUAAGGGUGUCCAACGUAUACUGAUAAUCCACAAGUCAGUCUUUGAUGAUGAAGCAGAAUAUGAAUGUGAUGCAAGGACCUCCAAAUCCUCUGGCAUGCUUACUGUCAUUGAGGAAGACGCUAUAUUUACAAAGAACCUGUCCAAUGUUGAGGGUACUGAAACUGACAGCAUUAAGAUGAUCUGCGAGGUGUCAAAACCCAGUGCAGAUGUGAUGUGGUACAAAGGUGACCAGGAGCUGCCUGAGGGUGGCAGAUAUGAACAACGUGUGGAUGGCAAAAAGAGAAUACUUAUCAUCCAGGACCUACGUAUAGAUGACACAGGAGAGUAUAACUGCCGACUGCCCAGCUCAAGAACAUCAGCAACACUGAGGAUUAAUGAACUGGCUGCUGAAUUUAUUUCCAGGCCACAGAGCCAGGAAGUUGUUGAAGGUGAAAAGGCAGAAUUUGUUUGCGCAGUCUCCAAGGACACGUAUGAAGUCAAAUGGCUUCGAGGUGACAAGGAGAUUGAAGCAGGAGACAAGUAUAACAUCAUCAGUGAUGGCAAGAGAAGAGUACUUGUUGUCAAGGACUGUAUGCUGAAAGAUGAAGGAGGAUAUGUUGCCCUCAUUGGCUCCACAAGGGCUUCCGCAGAUCUUGUUGUGAUUGAAAAACUCAGGAUAAUCACACCCCUCAAAGACAUACAGGCAAAAGAAGGCCAAGAGGUUGUUUUCAACUGUGAGGUGAACACUGGUGGUGCCAAAGCUAAGUGGUUAAAAAAUGAGGAGACAAUGUUCGAGAGUGGCAAGUUCAUUAUGGGUCAGCGUGACAAUGUCUUCUCUUUGAGAAUUAAAGAUGCCCAAAUGUCUGAUCAAGGCAACUACUCCGUUGCACUUACAAAUCACCGCAAUGAGCAUGUAAAGAGCUCUGCCAGUCUUGGUGUUCAAGAGGAAGAUCUUAGGAUUAUUGAGCCUCUUGAUGAUUGUGAGACCCAGGAGAAGAGGAACAUAAGCUUCUCUUGCAAGGUGAACAGACUCAAUGCAACAGUGAAAUGGAUGAAGGGAGGCCAAGAGAUUACCUUCAACAAGCGUGUCCUGUACAGAGUUGACAAGUACAAGCACACGCUGACCAUCAAAGAUUGCAGCCUUAAUGAUGAAGGCGAGUACACUGCCAUGGCCGGCUCCGACAAGUCCACAGCUGAGCUGAUCAUUAGCGAGGCUCCCACCGAUUUCACAGUCCAGUUGAAAGACCAGACUGUCACUGAGUUUGAGGACGCUGAGUUUGAGUGCAAGAUCUCCAAAGAAAAGGCUGAGGUCAGAUGGUACAAGGAUGGCCGUGAGAUUAAAGAAGGACAGAGAUUCCGUUUUGAGAGAGAUGGCAAGACAUGCAUACUGCACAUCAAGGAGUGCAGACCUCAGGAUGAAUGUGAAUAUGCUUGUGGUGUUGAUCAGAUGCGAUCAAGGGCCAGACUGUUUGUUGAAGAGAUACCGGUUGAGAUUGUCAGACCGCCCUUGGACAUAUUCGAUCCCCCUGGUUCAGAUGUUGUAUUUGAAGCUGAACUGAACAAGGACCGAGUUGAAAUCAAAUGGCUAAGGAACAACAUGAUAAUUGUCCAGGGUGAUAAGUACCAGAUGAUGAGUGAGGGCAAAAUUCACCGUCUCCAGGUGUGUGAGAUCAGGCCUCGUGACCAGGGCGAGUAUAGAAUCAUCGCCAAGGACAAAGAUGCCAGAGCCAAGCUAGAACUUGCAGCUGUUCCUAAGAUCAAGACUGUGGAUCAGAACCUGGUGACAGAUGCUGGAAAACCCUUUGUCAUGGUGGUCCCCUAUGAUGCUUAUCCACGUGCUGAGGCUGAAUGGACCUUCAAUGGCUUCAGUCUGCCAAGACAGAACAUUGACAUAUCAACUGACAGAACUGAUUAUAGGAUGAAGGAUCCCAAGAAGUCUGACCAAGGGCAAUACAAGAUUAUCAUCAGGAACAAACAUGGAAAAGGACAAGCCUUCAUCAAUCUGGAGGUUAUUGAUGUUCCUGGACCUGUGAAGAACUUGAAUGUUGUGGACACAGCUGAUGGAGAAGUCAGUCUUGCCUGGGAUGAGCCUGAGACUGAUGGCGGGAGCAAAAUCAUUGCCUAUGUGGUGGAGAGGCGUGAUGUGAAGCGAAAGACAUGGACCCUGGCCACUGACCGUGCAGACAGCCCAGAGUACUGUGUCUCGGGACUGCAGAGGGAUUCCAUGUACCUCUUCCGUGUAUGUGCUCGCAACAGGGUGGGCAAUGGAGAAGCUGUGGAGACUCAUGAACCAGUCCAAGCCAAGAACAAGUUUGAUGUCCCGGAUGCACCACAACAUGUCAAAGUUGAAAAGGUUAACAGGUUUGGAGCAACCCUUUCCUGGAAACCCCCAUUGUCUGAUGGUGGAUCUGAAAUAACUGCAUACAUCAUUGAGCUUCGAGAUCGUACCUCUGUGCGGUGGGAGGCAGCGCUGGUUACCAAACCUGAGGAUCGCACGGCUGUCCUUAGUGAUGUUGUGGAGAACAAGGAGUACAUAUUCCGAGUUAGAGCUGAAAACAAGGCUGGAAUCGGCAAGCCUAGCUUUGCCACUGAACCUGUGAAAAUCAUGGAUCCCAUUGAGAGGCCAAGCCCACCAUUGAAUUUUAACUACUCAAAUCAGACCAAGGACUCUGUUCAGCUGACAUGGGAUACACCCUUGAGCAAUGGAGGCAGUAUGAUCACUGGCUAUAUAAUUGAGAAAUGUGAAGAUGGAAAACAGAACUGGCUCAGAUGCAAUGCCAGGCUCUGUCAGGAACUUUGCUACAAGGUAUCUGGCCUGAAACAUGGUCAGAAGUACCUCUACAGAGUGUCUGCUGAGAAUGCAGCUGGUGUUUCAGACCCAGCUGACACAAUUGGACCUCUGCUGGCAGAUGAUCCGCAUGUUGGUCCUUCUAUGGAUCUCAGUGCAUUCAAGGAUGGCCUGGAAGUGAUUGUCCCUCACCCCCUUGCUAUUCGCAUUCCCAUUACUGGGUACCCCAUACCAACGGUCAAGUGGAGUGUGGGAGACACAACAUUGACCCCAGGAGACCGUGUCUCUAUGACUACCAAGGCAACCUUCACAGAGCUAGUUAUCACUCCCAGUGUGCGCCCAGACAAGGGCAGGUACACAGUUCAUCUGGAGAACGAUGUGGGCAAAGUCUCAGGAGAAAUUGACGUGAAUGUCAUCGCUCCCCCAAGUGCCCCAAAAGACUUCAAGGUUUCUGAGGUGACAAGACACCAUGUUCAUCUGAUGUGGGAGGCACCAGAACAUGAUGGCGGAAGCCCAGUAACUGGAUACCAGAUUGAAAAACGUGAGGUGUCCCGUAAGACAUGGGUCAAGGUUAUUACUGGUGUAGAAGAUCUGGAGUACACUGUUACAGAUGUAAUUGAGGGAAAAGAAUAUUUGUUCAGUGUUACCGCCUGCAACAAGUGUGGACCUGGCGAGCCUGCCUACAUUGAUGAACCAGUGAAUGUAUCAUCUCCAGCCACUGUGCCAGACCCACCUGAGAAUUUGAAAUGGAGAGACAAGUCUGGAAAUGGAAUCUUCCUAUCCUGGGAGCCUCCAAAGUAUGAUGGUGGCGCUGGAAUUAAGGGCUACAUUGUUGAUAAGUGCCAACGUGGCUCUGACAAAUGGGAACCCUGUGGAGACGCAGUGCCUGAGCUUAAAUUCCAAGUGACUGGGCUCACAGAGGGCCAGUGGUAUGCCUACCGUGUUAGGGCCACCAACAGGCUGGGUGCUAGCAGACCUUGCAGGGCGACAGAUGAGAUCCAGGCUGUGGAUCCAAUAGAACCUCCAGAGAUUAAUCUGGAUGUCAAACUGCUCGCUGGUUUGACUGCAAAGGCUGGGACCAAGAUUGAGCUGCCCGCUGAUGUAAAGGGAAAACCAGAUCCCAAAAUCACCUGGACCAAGGCUGAUCUUGUCCUGAAACCAGAUGACAGAGUCUCCAUCGAAACCAAGCCUGGUCACUCCACACUCACUGUAGCCAAGACCAAGAGAGACGACACAGCUACCUAUAUCAUCGAAGCUGUAAAUAGCAGUGGCCGAGCUACUGCAACAGUGGAUGUUAACAUUCUUGAUAAGCCUGGGCCUCCAGCUGCAUUUGACAUCUCUGAUAUCACAAACGAGUCCUGCUUACUGGCAUGGAACCCUCCCAGAGAUGAUGGUGGCUCAAAGGUCACCAAUUACAUUGUGGAGAGGAAGACUGCAGGCAGUGAGGAGUGGCAAAAGCUUUCUACGACUGUGAAACAUACCUCCUUCAAGGCCUGCAACCUUGUGGCUCUGAAGGAAUAUACCUUUAGAGUGUCGGCUGAGAACCAAUAUGGCAUUGGUGCUCCUGCAGAACAUGUACCAAUUAUUGCAAAGUACUCCUUUGACCCACCUGGCAUGCCAACUAGACUGGAGCCCUCAGAUAUUGCAAAGGAUUCCCUGACUUUGUCAUGGCAAGAGCCAGAUGAGGAUGGUGGCAGCCCUAUUACUGGGUAUUGGAUUGAGAGAUUGGAUCCUGAAACUGACAAAUGGAUCAGGUGCAACAAGCUUCCAAUCAUGGAUACAACAUUCAGAGUGAAAGGACUGGCCACAAAAAAGAAACACAGGUUCCGAGUCUUGGCUGAGAAUCUUGCUGGGAUUGGAAAACCAAGCAAGGAGACUGACCCAAUCUUGGUUAAAGAUCCAAUUGAUCCCCCCUGGGCCCCUGGCAAACCCUACAUCAAAGAUAUUGCAAAGACCUCUGCCAUGCUAGAAUGGACCAAGCCUGAGCAUGAUGGUGGAGCCAAGAUUGAGUCCUACAUAAUUGAAUUGCUGAAGAGCGGAACUGAGGAUUGGGUCCGUGUGGCUGAAGAUAUCCCCAUGACUGAGCACUUCCUGAAGGGACUGAUGGAGAAACAAGAGUAUUCCUUCCGCGUUAGAGCUCGGAAUAUUGCUGGAGAAAGCGAACCCAGUGACCCCUCUGAUCCUGUGGUCUGCAAGGACAGACUUUAUCCUCCUUCCCCUCCACGCUGGCUUGAGGUAGCCAACAUCACCAAGAUAAGUGCAGAGCUGAAAUGGACAGCUCCAGAAACAGAUGGUGGCUCGCCAAUCACAAAUUACGUUGUGGAGAAGAGAGACGUGAGGCGCUAUGCCUGGCAGGCAGUAGAUACCACUGUGAAAGAAACCCAGUACAAUGUCACUCCUCUGAAUGAGGGCUCUUUAUAUGUGUUCCGUGUGGCUGCUGAAAAUGCUGUUGGGCAGAGUGACUUCUGUGAAUUGGAGGACUCUGUCCUGGCUAAGGAUACUUUCACUACCCCUGGUCCACCAUACGCUUUGACUGUGGUGGAAGUAACAAAGAGACAUGUCGAAUUGAAGUGGGAACCUCCAAAGAAUGAUGGUGGUAGACCUAUUAUCAAAUAUGUAAUUGAGAAGAAAGAGAAGCUGGGAACCCGCUGGAUGAAGGCUGCAAAGACACCUGGGCCUGUUUGCAUUUUCACAGUAUCAGAUGUUGUUGAGGGAUCUGAGGUACAAUUUCAGGUCCGUGCUGAAAAUGAAGCAGGUGUUGGACACCCAAGUGAGCCCACAGAUGUCCUGAAAAUUGAAGACCCUAUAAGUCCACCAUCUCCUCCUGUGGAUUUGCAUGUGACUGAUGCUAGCAGACACCACAUCGCCAUUGAAUGGAAACCACCACAGAAGAAUGGUGGCAGUCCCAUCACUGGCUACCACAUUGAGCUCUCUGAAGCUGGCACUGAUAAAUGGAUGAGAGUCAACUCACGCCCUGUAAAAGAGUUGAAAUAUAGAGCAGAGGAAGGCAUCAUCCCUGAGAAACAAUAUGUUGUGAGAGUUCGUGCCAUCAAUGCUGUGGGCGUUAGCGACCCUUCUGAGAUCUCUGAGAAGAUCUUUGCAAAGGAUCCUGACUGCAUCCCAACCAUUGACAUGCAGACUCAAGACAUUGUAGUGGUGGAGGGUAAGAAGAUGAGUAUACUCAUCCCUUACAGAGCUAUUCCAAAACCAAAAGUAUCCUGGAAGAAAGAUGGAACUGAGCUGAAAUCUGAUGAUAGAGUCACAAUGAGCUGUGAACUCAGGGAAGUCCACUUGGAGAUUCUUGGCUGCAAGCACAGUGAUGCUGGGGCAUACAUCGCUACUUUAGAGAACACCCUGGGAUCUGCAGCUGGAACAGUCAAUGUCAAAGUCAUUGGUCUUCCUGGGCAGUGCAAGGACAUUGCUGCCUGCGAUGUUACAAAAGAUUCCUGCAAGGUCUCUUGGAAUCCUCCAGAUAAUGAUGGUGGCACCCCGAUCUUGCACUAUGUUCUGGAGCGUAGAGAAUCUGCCAAAAAAACAUUUAUGCCUGUGAUGUCAGACAACAAAUUGACCUGUCAAGUUAAGGAUCUAAUGGUCAAUGGACAAUAUUAUUUCCGUGUCAAGGCAGUAAAUAAGAUUGGUGAUGGAGAGUAUCUUGAGAACCGCAACCCAAUCAUUGUUGAGGAACAGAAGCAGCGACCAGAUGCACCCAUUGAUGUUGAAGCUCACAGUCCAACUUCUCAGUCUGUGACCCUGAGUUGGAGCCCCCCUCCAUACGAUGGUGGUUGCCCUAUUACUGGCUAUGUUCUGGAGAAGAUUGAAAGGGAUGGUGAGAAGUUUGAGAGAUGCUGUGACUCUCUGGUGCCUGGAUUGUCCUACACAUUGACGGGCUUGACAGAGGACAAGGAAUAUCAGUUCCGUGUCCGUGCUGAGAAUAUUGCUGGAGUCAGUGAUCCCUCCCGCAGCACACAGCUGAUCAUGGCUGCGGAUCCUGUUGAUCCACCCAAGGUCUUCUUUAAGGGAAGUCAACAAUAUGGCCUGAGCCUCAAAACACGAGAAGAGAUUAGACUGGAUGCCAUCAUCUCAGGAUCUCCUUACCCAACUGUGACAUGGUUCAGGAAUGACGAGGUCAUUAAACCAGAGAGAAUUAAGAAACAGGAAAGGCCUCUUUCGAGGAAGAAAAAGGCAAAGGAUGCUGCUGCCGAACCAGAGGAGCCUUACCAUCCAUCCAUCCCAGAACGUCUCUCCUUUGACACUAGCAAGAAAGGGGAGUCCUCAGUAAUGAUACGUGACUCCAUUAGAAGUGACCAUGGAAUAUUUGUGGUCAAAGUUGAGAACAAACACGGUGUAGACACAGCAUCCUGUGACGUCAAUGUUCUUGAUAAACCUGGACCUCCAGUUAAUGUUGUCUUUGAUGAGAUCAGGAACACAUCUGUCAUCUGCAAGUGGGAACCACCUUUAGAUAAUGGUGGUAGUGAAAUUAUUAACUACAUCCUGGAGAAAAAACAAAAUACUAAAGAUGAAAAUGGAUGGGUCACUGUAACCGCAAGUCUUAAAGGAUGUAAGCAUCUGGUGACAAAACUAAUUGAAGGAAAGGAGUACAUUUUCCGUGUGACAGCUGAAAACAAGAUUGGCCCAGGGCGUCCACGUGUCUCAGCACCACUCGUGGCUAAGAAUCAGUUUGAACCCCCUGAUGCCCCCAACAUGCCUAAAAUUGGGGACACUACUGCAAGCAGUAUGCUUGUUUCUUGGAAUGAGCCCAAAGACAAUGGAAGCCCUAUCAUUGGCUAUUGGUUAGAGAGAAAAGAAAUCAACAGCACACAUUGGACCAGAGUCAACCGCAGCUUACUCAGUGCUCUAGAAAUGAGAGUUGAAGGUUUGAUGGAAGGUUUGACCUAUGUCUUCAGAGUCUGUGCAGAGAAUUUAGCUGGACCUGGUGACUUCAGUGUCCCAACUGAGCCCAAGACUGCGCAAGACCCAGUCUUACCACCUGGCCCACCAGUUCCAAGAAUUGUUGAUACUGCAAAGUCAUCCAUUGAUGUUGCAUGGGAUCCUCCCAUGUACAAUGGAGGUGGAGAUAUCCUUGGCUACCAUAUUGAGAAGGUUAUGGUCGGAGAAAAAGACUGGUCCCGCUCUAAUGAGAGACUGUGUAAAGAGCUGAAGUUUACUGUAACUGGAGCUAAAGAGGGAAAAGAUUACAUUGUUCGUGUACUUGCUGUAAAUAAUGCUGGGGAAGGAGCUCCUGGCAUGACUGAAACAGUUACAGUGAGAGACCCACAAGUGCCUCCAUUUGUUGACUUUGACAUAUCUGUGAAAAAUGGUGUCACUAUCAGGGCUGGACAGACACUGAAGUUGCCGGCACUUGUGAAUGGUAGACCUCCACCAGAGGUGACAUGGGCAAAGGAUGAAGGAGAGCCUGACAAAGAGCGUGUUGCUAUUGAAACUGUUGGAAAAAGCAGUAUUCUUACUAUCAAGAAUGUCAUGAGGACAGAUCGUGGAAAGUACCAGGUCACUGGGACAAACAACUGUGGAACGAAAACAGCAUUUACAAAAGUAGCUGUAAUGGAUGUUCCUGGUCCUGUGAUUGAUUUUAAACCAUCUAAGGUCUCGAAAAAUGUGAUAGCACUGACCUGGACUGAACCUACUGACGAUGGUGGAAGUGAAGUUAUUGGUUACAUUGUUGAAAGAAAGGAUGCAAAGAUGCACAUAUGGAGACAGCCCUUAGAGACUGCAGGAUGUAAAAGCGAAAUUGUGGGUCUGCUUGAAGGAGAAGAGUACAUGUUCCGUGUUGUGGCAAAGAAUAGGUAUGGCUGUGGUCCCCCAGUGGACAUAGGGCCUAUUCUUGCAGUGGAUCCUAAAGGGCCACCAAGUGCUCCAGAAAAACUUAACUGGACUGAAAGGACUAAGACGACCGUAACUCUUUCCUGGAAGCCACCUCGUAGUGACGGAGGCAGUCCCAUUCAAGGCUACUACGUUGAGAAAAGGAGACAAGAUGGUGGUGAAUUUGAGAUUGCUAACCCCCAGAUGUGCAGGGGUCUCAGUUUGACAGUGCCGAACCUUUCAGAGCAGCACAUGUAUGAAUUCCGUGUUAAGGCCGUAAAUGAGGUUGGGAAUGGUGAACCUUCAAAUAUAAUUGGUGUCAGGAUUCGGGAUGAUGAAGCUGCCCCAACUGUGACCUUACUAAAGCACUUCAAGGGAGAUGCCAUCAUUGUCAAGAUAGGUGCAGCAAUUGAAAUUCCUGCUGAAGUAGUGGGUCUACCAAUGCCAAAGAUUGAAUGGUCCAAGGAUGGAGCUGUUAUUGAGAAACCAACUGAGAUGCUUUUGAUUGAGACUGAGGAGGUGCAGAAAAACAAAGCUAACACCAAGCUUAGCAUCCCUGUGACUAUUAGGCCGGACAAUGGUCUCUACAAACUUACAGCCACAAAUCAUGUUGGACAGGCUAAACGUACCAUCACAGUAGAGAUAUUAGAUCGUCCAUCGCCACCCCGGAACAUUGUGGUUUCUGACAUAAGAGCUGAAUCUUGCUAUUUGACUUGGGAUGCCCCAGAAGACAAUGGAGGCAGUGAACUCACAAACUACAUAAUUGAGAAAAGAGAUGCAAGCAAGAAGAAGUCUGAUUGGGAACCAGUAACUAACUGCGUAGUUGACAGGCGAUAUGGGGUGUUGAAACUGGAAACCAAUGGAGUUUACCAGUUCAGUAUCAGUGCUGAGAACAAGUAUGGAAUCAGUGAUAUCUGUGAAUCAGAGAAGGUUGAGCUCAAGGACCCAUUCAGACUUCCUGGACCACCACAGAAGCCAAGGAUCGUUAGCCGUACCAGUGGUUCCAUGCUAGUGACAUGGGAGCCUCCUCUGGACAAUGGUGGAUCCACCAUUGCAGGCUACGUUCUUGAGAAGAGAGAGAGAGGAGCUGUCUAUUGGUCUCGUGUGAACAGGGGUCCUGUCACAAAACCAGUUGUAAAAGGCCUGGAAUACAAUAUACUUCAUCUCAUUGAGGGUACAGAGUACCAAUUCCGUGUGAUGGCCUGCAAUGCUGCUGGUGUCGGCCCCCCAAGUGAAUCGUCUGAGUGCGCCUUUGCAGUAGAUCCUUGUUAUCCUCCUGGUAUGCCAUCAUGCCCAGAAGUUAAAGGGAAAACCAAUAACAGUAUCACUCUUGCCUGGAACCCACCAGAGAAAGAUGGUGGCAGCCCCAUUACUGGCUACAUUAUUGAGAUGCAGGAUGAAAAGUCACCAGAUUGGAAACGACUAAACAGUGCAGACAAGCUGCAUCCCACCACAGAAUUCACUGUUCCAAAUCUUGAAGAGAUGAAAAAGUACAGGUUCAGAAUUAUUGCUGUCAAUGCUGCAGGAGAGUCUGACCCAAGCUCCAGAACAGCUGAAAUCAUUGCCAAGGAGAUUCAAGAGGAACCCGGUGUUACCCUGGAGGUUAGUGCAAGUGACCUGCAAUUCUGUCGAGCUGGUACCACAAUUAAAAUUCCUGCAGUCAUCACAGGACGCCCUACUCCCGAAGUUUCCUGGGAGUUUGAUGGAGGUGCUAAAACAGAAAAGAAGAAUGAUCGUCAUACCCUCCCAGUGGAUUCAGAGAUUCGAUCUACUGAUACAACCUCAACCAUUACAAUUCCUGAUUGUAAGAGGAACCAUUCAGGCAGAUAUAUCAUCACAGCCAAAAAUGUGGCUGGACAGAAAGUUGUUAAAGUCAGAGUCAAUGUACUUGACAUUCCUGGACCUCCAAGAGAGUUGAAAGUCUCUGAUAUCACAAGAGGCACAUGUAGACUUACAUGGAAGCCUCCUGAAAAUGAUGGUGGUGAGCGAAUCAGGAGUUACUUCAUUGAAAAGAAGACUGUUGAAGGAAAAGCCUGGACAAAGGUCAACCCAGCCUGUGGGAGUCAGUCCUUUGUUGUUCCUGAUCUUAAUGAAGGACAGGAGUACUUCUUCCGUGUCCGUGCUGAGAAUUGCUAUGGCAUGGGGCCACACGUUGCGAUGAUUCAGAGGACAAGGGCAUGCGAUCCUAUCUUGCCUCCUGAUCCUCCUACGAUGGUCAAAAUACGUCUUGUGACAAGAAAUAUGGUAACCCUGACUUGGAAGCCACCAAAGAAUGAUGGUGGUGCUCCUGUCACCCAUUACAUUGUUGAGCAACUUUGCUGGGACCCCAGCGGGACACAGAAGGAGUCCUGGCGACAGAGCAACAGGCGUGACAUUGAGGAGACCACCUUCAAAGUUGAGGACCUCACUGAAGGUGGAGAGUAUGAGUUCCGUGUCAAGGCUGUGAAUGUGGCUGGAGCAAGCAGACCUUCUUCUACUGCUGGACCAGUUAAUAUCAAAGAUCAAAAGUGUGCACCAAGCAUUGAACUCGGCGAAUUCAUGGAAGUCGAACAGGGAGCUGACAUCAACAUUGUUGCUAAAAUCAAAGGCUGCCCCUUCCCAACCCUUACGUGGCAGAAGGCUCCACCACACAAGUCUGAUGACAAGGCUGAUGUGCAAUAUGAUGAGCACAUUAACAAGCUUGUACUUGAUGAUAGCUGCACAUUGCUGAUUCAACAGGGUAAACGAGAAGAUACCGGCCUAUACACAAUAACAGCCAGUAACAACCUGGGCAGGGCCUCCAAGGAAAUGAGACUCAAUGUCUUGGGACGCCCUGGACCACCGUCUGCACCUAUUAAGUUUGAGGAAGUAUCUGCCGAAAAGAUUACCCUGUCCUGGCUUCCUCCUAAGGAUGAUGGUGGAUCAAAGGUCACUAACUAUGUAAUUGAGAAACGCGUGGCAAAUAGGAAGACAUGGGUACCAGUCACCAGUGAACCAAAAGAACGUAUAUAUACGGUGGAUAAUUUGAUGGAAGGCCAUGAGUAUGUUUUCCGUAUCAGGGCUCAGAACAAAUAUGGUAUUGGAGAUCCCCUUGACAGUGAACCAGAAAAAGCCAGGAACCUUUACACCAUCCCUGGGAAAUGUGAAAAGCCAACUAUUACAAGUAUAACUCAUGAAUCCAUGACAGUCAAUUGGGAAGAGCCAGAAGAUGAUGGUGGAACACCCAUCACUGGCUACUGGCUUGAGCGCAAGGAGACCACAGCAAAGCGCUGGAAUAGAGUUUCACGUGACCCAAUCAGGGUUAUGCCCCUUGGUGUGUCCUACAACGUGACUGGUCUUAUUGAAGGAUCUGAGUAUCAGUUCCGUGUGAUAGCCAUGAAUGCAGCUGGUUGUGGGCCUCCAAGUGACCCAUCAGAUCCUGUCUUUGCCAGGGACCCAAUGGCACCCCCUGGACCACCUACUCCUAAAGUAACAGACUGGACCAAGUCAACAGUUGAUAUGGAAUGGAUUCCACCAUUGAAGGAUGGUGGAUCUAAGAUUGUUGGAUAUAUUGUGGAAUUCAAAGAGGAGGGAAAAGAACAAUGGGAAAAAGCUAAAGAUAAGGAAAUAAGAGGCACUAAGUUUGUGGUGGCUGGACUGAAAGAGCUUGGACUGUACAGAUUUAGAGUCAGAGCACUAAAUGCAGUAGGCCUUGGUGAACCUGGUGAAGUCUCUGAACUGAUUGAAGUCAAGGAAAGGACAAUUGCCCCUGAGAUAGACCUGGACGCUGCAGUGAAAGAGCGAAUAGUUGUUCAUGCCGGUGGUGUGAUCCGCAUCCUGGCUUAUGUGUCAGGCAAGCCCGAACCCCAAAUCACAUGGAGCAGAGAUGAUCAUCCUGUUCCUCAAGAAGCUGUGGUUGAGACCACUGCCAUCAGUUCUGCUCUGGUGAUCAAGAAUUGCACAAGAAAUCAACAAGGCAUUUACACCUUGGUUGCUAAGAAUGAAGGUGGUGAAAGAAAGAAACCCAUCAUUGUGGAUGUGUUGGAUGUCCCUGGCCCAGUUGGGGCACCAUUCAACACAGAAAACCUCACCAGUGACUCAUGCAAAUUGAACUGGUUCUGCCCUGAUGAUGAUGGUGGCUCAGCUAUCUCUCAUUAUAUUGUUCAGAAGCGUGAAGCUGACCACAAGGCUUGGACUUCAGUAUCCUACACUAUCACAAGGAACAGUGCAGUUGUCCAUGGUUUAACAAGGGGAAAUGCUUAUUUCUUCAGAGUUGCUGCUGAGAAUGCUGUAGGAAUGGGCCCUUUCCGUGAAACCACUGCAGAAAUUAUCAUAAGGGAUGCUAUUACCGUACCUGACCGUCCUCAGGACCUGACUGUCACAGCAGUUACAAAGGGUUACAUCAGUUUGACUUGGAAACCACCUAAGUAUGAUGGAGGCUCUGAAGUUACAAUGUACAUUCUGGAGGCCCGCCCGAUUGGCAAGGACAAAUUUGUCCGACUUACAAAGGAAAGGUUGAUGGAGAGAAGAUAUACCUAUGAUGGUCUCAAAGAAGGUGACACUUAUGAACUCCGUGUCAGUGCAGUAAAUGAAAUAGGUCAAGGAAAGCCCUCCUUCUGUACAAAACCGAUCACUUGCAAGAACGAACUUGAACCUCCCACAAUUGAACUUGACUUCCGUGACAAAAUAAUUAUGCGGGUUGGAGACACUUUUGCCCUGCAAGGUCGGUACACUGGAAAACCAGCACCAUCCAUUAUAUGGUUCAAAGAUGAGGAAGAGCUGAAAGCAGAUGACCACAUAAAGUUCAAAAACACCCUUACAACAAUGUGUCUGGGCAUUGUCAAAGCUAAGCGUGAACAUAGUGGCCGAUACUGUGUGCUUGUAGAGAACAGCACUGGCUCACGCAAAGGGAUCUGCAACGUGAUUGUUGUUGACCGUCCACUACCUCCAGAAGGUCCGGUUGUCUUUGAGGAAGUUCACAGGGAUCACAUGGUCAUUUCCUGGAAGCCACCUCUUGAUGAUGGCGGUUCUGCAGUUUCUAACUAUGUCAUUGAGAAACGAGAAGCAAACAGGGAUGUUUGGAUGCCUGUGACAUCUGCCACCACAAAGACAAUAUGCAAAGUGCCUAAAUUGAUUGAGGGAAAAGAGUAUGUCAUGAGAAUAUGUGCUGAGAACAUGUAUGGUAUUAGUGACCCCCUGGAUUCAGAAGAGAUGAAAGCCAAAGAUCGAUUCAGAGUGCCUGAGGCCCCAGAGCAGCCUGAUGUGAAGGAGGUAUUCAAAGAUUCAACACUUGUGCUUUGGAACCGACCUCGUGAUGGUGGCAAACCCAUUACUAAUUACAUUUUGGAGAUGAGGGAGACUGGGUCAACAAGAUGGUCACGUGCAACAAGGGACCCUAUCUAUCCAGACACUCAGUUCAGGGUUCAAGAGCUUACUGAGGGCUGUGAAUAUGAGUUCCGGGUCACAGCAGAGAAUGAAAUGGGUAUUGGAGAUCCUAGUCCCCCAUCUAAGCCUAUAUUAGCUAAAGAUCCAAUUGUUCUCCCAGGUCCUCCUGUGCUCCCAGAAGCUGUGGAUAACACAAAGGAUUCGGUGACUCUAUCCUGGCGCCCACCUCGGCAUGAUGGCAAGGGCAGAAUCUUUGGCUACCUUGUUGAGUAUCAGAAGGUUGGGGAGGAAGCGUGGACUAAGGCAAAUCAGACUCCGGAGUCAUGCCCAGAAACAAAACUUCAAGUCAUGAACCUUGAAGAUGGUACACUUUACAGGUUCAGGAUCAUGGCUGUGAAUGCUGCUGGUUCAUCUGUACCUGCAUAUGUUAAGGAGCCAGUUAAAGUGCAGGACAGACUUGAGCCUCCAGAGCUGCUGCUUCAUGCCAAUAUGGUUCGAGACCAUCUUGCCAUGGUGGGAUCCCUCAUCACUCUCAGUGCUGGGAUCAGGGGCAUGCCAAUCCCCACAGUGACAUGGAAGAAGAAUGGUGCAGAUGCUCCGCCCAAUGCUGCCAUUCAGGUUACCGGCACAGGAAGCAAAUUAGAAAUCAAAAACUGUGCCCGUUCAGACUGUGGUGAUUAUACAAUAACUGUUGAAAAUGCAGCUGGAUCAAAAACAGCCACGUGCACUGUACUUGUCCUAGAUAAACCUGGUCCACCCCGGGAUCUUGUGGUUUCUGAGGUUACAAGUGAAUCAGCUUACCUUACAUGGAAGGAGCCAGAGGAUAAUGGAGGUGCUGUCAUUUCCCACUAUUUGGUACAAAAGAGAGAUGUGGCAACUAACAAGUGGGUGCCAGUCUGUGCAUCAUGCAAAAAACGUAGCUUGGUCAUAAAUUACUUGAUGGAAGGCACACAGUAUUUGUUCCGUGUUGCUGCUGAAAGCCAGUUUGGAAGAAGUGAAUUUGCCACAAUAAGUAAACCCAUCAAAGCUGUUGAUCCACUCUACCCUCCUGGUCCACCAAAGAAUUUGCAUCAUGUAGACGCAGAGAAAACUGAAGUCUGGCUUGAAUGGGAAUGGCCAGAACGCACUGGAGGCAGUGAAAUUACUGGAUUCUUAGUUGAAUACCAAGAGGAAGGGGCCAAAGAUUGGACCACCUUCAAAACUGUCAGCAAUCCAGCAAGCCAUGUUACUGGACUUGAAGAGGGGAAAACCUACAGAUUCCGUGUCAAAGCACAGAAUGCCAUUGGCCUGAGCCGUCCAGAUUCCACAAUACCAAUUCUCUGUCAAGAGAAAAUUGUGCCACCAAGUAUUGAAGUGGAUGUGAAACUAAUUGAAGGCAUUGUUGUGAAAGCUGGAACCACAAUGAUCCUUCCGGCAGUAAUGAGAGGCAUACCCAUCCCCACUGCAAAAUGGGUCACCGAUGGGAAUGAAAUCAAAAGUGAAGGCAAGUUCAAAGUGGAGACUGAUGGCACAUCAACAGUCCUCAGCAUCAGUGAGUGUACAAGAACGGACACUGGAGAGUACCUUCUUACAGUGGCAAAUCCUGCUGGAAGCAAGACAGUUGCAUUGCAUGCAACAGUGCUAGAUGUCCCAGCUGCACCUGUUGGUCCUGUGAACAUCCUUGACGUUACUCCUGAUCAUAUGCUUAUCAACUGGCGCUGUCCCAAGGAUGAUGGAGGAACCCCAUUAACGAAUUACGUUGUUGAGAAGAAGGACUGCAAGAAACCGUGGGAGCCAUGGGGAGUUGUGAGCUCUGGAAGUCUGAGUACAACAGCUAAGGUUUCACGUUUGGAAAAGGGUCGUGAAUAUGUUGUUCGUAUUCGUGCAGAGAACAAGAUUGGUAUUGGUGCACCACUUGAAAGUCAACCAACUAUUGCCAAAUUUAUGUUUGACCCUCCUGGUGCUCCAGGACAGCCACAGGCUUCUGACAUCACAGAAAAUGCUGUGACUGUACACUGGGAGGAGCCAUUAACCGAUGGCGGCAGUCCAGUCAGUGGCUACAUUGUUGAGCGCAGAGAAAUGACAGGCAAAUGGAUUCGUGUGAAUAAAACUCCUGUCUUGGAUGUAAAAUACAGAAUAUGUGGGCUUUUUGAGGGCAACAGCUAUGAGUUCAGAGCUUUUGCUGAAAAUGUUGCUGGCAUAAGUCCACCUUCUCCCCCAUCAGUCCCAGUUAAGACUGUUCGUCCUGUCACUCGUCCAGGACCUCCAUGCAACUUGAAACUGAAGGACUGGAGCAAAAGCUAUGCAGACCUGGUUUGGACAAAACCGUUGAGAGAUGGAGGCAGUCCCGUCUUAGGCUAUGUUGUUGAGUGCCAGAAAUCAGGAAGUGCUCAGUGGGAUAGAAUCAAUCAGGACCUUAUUAAGCAUUGUGCAUUUAGAGUACCAGGUCUAAUUGAAGGUACAGAAUACAGGUUCCGGGUAAGGGCAUCAAACAAGAUUGGUGAUGGAGAGCCAAGAGACCUUGCUGAAACUGUUCUUGCUAAGGACAUUCUUGUUCCACCUGAAAUAAGUGUUGAUGUUGCAUGCAGGGAUCUUUUGACAGUGCGAGCUGGUCAGUUUAUAAACCUUGUAGCUCGAGUUAAAGGUAGACCUGAUCCAGAAAUUACCUGGAGUAAGGAUGCAAGGGUUCUAGGUAGAGACAAGCGAACUGAAAUGAAGGCCAACUACCCUAUUGUUGAACUGAUUAUUCAAGAAGCAACAAGAGCAGAUUACGGAAAGUAUGCCAUUCAGGCAAAAAAUAGCAGUGGACAAGCACAAGCUACUACUAUAGUGAAUGUGCUUGACACACCAGGACAGUGUCAGAAUCUGAAGACAACUUACGUGACAAAAGAUUCUUGCAUGGUAUCAUGGGAGAAUCCAGUAGACAAUGGAGGUACUGAAAUUACGAAUUAUGUUAUUGAGUCCCGGCAACCCAGCCAGAGGGGUUGGUCAGUGGUCUCCUCUGAUUGCACCAAACGUCUCAUGAAAGCACCACUUCGUGAAAAUUGUGAAUACUUCUUCCGUGUUAGUGCAGAGAACAAGAUUGGCAUAGGACUGGGUAUAGAGACAAAAACUCCAAUUAUUGCUGUUGAUCCUGUUGAUAAGCCAGGAGAGCCUGAGAACCUGCAGAUAACUGAAAUUGGGAAGACUUUUGCCUUCCUCAAAUGGAAAAAACCAGAGAAUGAUGGUGGCAGUCGCAACCUUGCCUAUCAUGUGGAAAAGAAACCAAAAGAAGCAGAUGAAUGGGAGAGACUGCAUAAAGGUGCAAUUAAAGAAACAUACUUCAUGGCUGACAGGUGUCUUGAAAAUCAAAUAUACCAGUUCAGGGUACAAACCAAAAAUGAAGCAGGGGAGAGCAAUUGGGUGAUAACAGCUGAGACACUAAUCAAAGAAGAAUUACUGGAACCAGAGCUUGAUGUAAAGUUAGUUGGAACCCUUGUGGUAAAGGCUGGAGAUUCAAUCAGAAUUGAAGCUGGACUAAAAGGAAAACCCCAACCAGAGGUUAAAUGGAUGAAGGACGGUGAUUCCGGUGACAUUAAAAGCCCUAGGCUUCAUAUUGAAACAGGUGCAGAUUUCUCAACAUUCCUCAUGACUAACUCCAAACGUAGUGACAGUGGGAAAUAUGUGAUUACUGCCAAUAACUCUGCAGGGAGCUGCACAGCCCAUGCCACUGUGAAUGUGCUUGAUAAACCUGGUCCUGUCAGAGGGUUGGCAGUGUCUGGCAUUUCUGUAGACCGUUGUAAAUUAACUUGGGAUCCUCCAGAGGAUAAUGGUGGUUCUGAGAUCUUGAACUACAUUCUGGAGAAAUGUGAGACAAAGAGAAUGGUAUGGACUAUACACUCAACAGCAGUGAUUACCAACUCUGCUAAUGUGACUCGCCUUAUUGAAGGAAAUGAAUAUAUCUUCAGGGUGCGAGCAGAGAAUAAAAUGGGGACUGGCCCUGCAGUGGAGAGUGAAGCCAUCAUUGCCAGAACACAGUUCAACAGACCUGGUCCUCCAGAUCCACCAGAGGUCACCAAGAUUGGAAAGCAAGAAAUGACAGUAUCAUGGUCACCUCCAGAGAAUGACGGUGGGAAGCCCAUCACAGGUUAUAUUCUGGAAAGAAAAGAACAACAUGCUAUCAGAUGGUCUCCAGUCAUCAAAGAUGCAAUCCCACAGACACACUUUAAUGUAACCAACUUGAUUCCUAACCAUGAAUAUCAGUUCCGUGUCAAGGCUGAAAAUGAAAUUGGAGUGGGAGACCCAAGCAAACCAUCCAGAUCUGCCACUGCUAAGGAUCCAGUUGAACCUCCUGGACCCCCAGUAAAUGUGAAGGUUUCUGACAGCACAAAGACAUCAAUCACACUUGGUUGGACAAAACCUGUAUAUGAUGGCGGUGCUCCAAUUAUUGGAUAUGUGGUUGAAAUGAAACUUAAGGGUUCCGGUAAGAAGGCAGAUGAGAGCUGGAAGAGAUGCAAUGUUGCUGCUCAGUUAGCCGUGACAGAAUUCACUGUCACAAGUUUGAACGAGAAUCUGGUGUAUGAAUUCCGCGUCUCUGCACAAAACCAGGUUGGAUUAGGCCUACCUGGGGUUCUCCCAGAUGCUGUAUCUCCCAGGGAAAUACUUGAGACACCUGAAAUUAAUUUGGAUGCUAACCUUAGAAAGGGUCUUACUCUCCGAGCUGGAUGUCCUAUCAGACUCUGUGCUACAAUCAAAGGAAGACCAGCUCCCAAAGUAGCCUGGAGAAGAAUGGGACUUGAUAAUGUUGUCAGGAAGGGUCAUGUGGAUCUGAUUGACACAAUGACUUUCCUUGUCAUCCCUCAAACCACACGUGAUGAUUCUGGGAAAUAUUCCCUUACAGUUACCAAUGCAGCUGGGGAGAAGGCAGUGUUUGUGAAUGUCAAAAUACUAGACACUCCUGGUCCUGUGUCUGGUCUGGAAGUCAGUGGAAUGACAAUGACAUCAUGUGAGCUCAUUUGGUCUGCCCCUGAAAAUGAUGGUGGUAGUGAAGUAACACACUAUAUAGUUGAGAAGCGAGAAAUUGACAGAAAGACUUGGGCAACAGUCAAAAAUGACGUGAAGGAUACAACCUUCAAUAUGAGCAAUCUUGUACCAGGCACAGAAUACAAUUUCAGAGUCACUGCAGUUAACGAGUAUGGCCCGGGUAUUCCAAAGGCAUCUCCUAGGUCAUAUCUGGCAUCUGAUCCUAUCAGUAAGCCUGACCCACCAAUGAAAAUUGAUGUACUGGAAAUUACAAAGAAUAGUGUUUCUCUCGGAUGGGUACCUCCACUGAGAGAUGGAGGAGCAAAGAUCGAUGGUUAUGUAGUUGAUUAUCUGGAGGUCAUCCCUCCUAAGGAACCUGAGGAAGGAAAACCUGUGGAGCAGGAUGUUAAACCUAUGGAUGUAUGGACACCAUACUCAGUUGUAAAAGAUUUAAGAAUUUCUGUUGUUGGGCUGAAGGAGGGCAAAAAAUACAAAUUCAGAGUUGCAGCAAGAAACAUAAUGGGAUGCAGUCUGCCCACAGGAACUAAGGAUACCUUUGAGGUCAAGGAGCAAAUGUUGCCACCAAAGAUUAUUAUGCCUGAGGUUGUAACUGGAAAAGCUGGUGCAAAACUGAGAAUAGAGGCUAUUGUGUCUGGAAAGCCAGCACCAAUCUGUAAAUGGAAGAAAGGAGAAGAGGAAGUGGUUCCAUCUAGUCGUCUUGCAGUGCACAAAUCCCAGAACUGCUGUGUGCUCAUUAUUAAAGAUGUUUCAAGAACUGAUAGUGGUCAGUACAACCUCUCUGCUGAGAACAGUACUGGAAAAGCUGAUGAGCCAUUGAAAGUCAUCAUACUGGAUAUCCCUGGCCCACCGCAGCCACCAUUUGAGAUCAGUGAUGUGGAUGCUGAUGCCUGCACACUUUCUUGGCAAGCACCGAUUGAGGAUGGUGGAAGCAACAUCAUUAAUUAUGUGGUAGAAAAAUGUGAUGUCAGCAGAGGAGAUUGGGUCAAUGCUGUCUCAACUUGCAUAAAAACUGGCUGCAGACUUGGAAAACUCGUCACUGGAAAGGAGUACAUUUUCCGUGUCCGUGCUGAGAACCGCUUUGGAAUUUCUGACCCUAUUACAUCUGAAAGGAUGAUUGCAAAAUUCCCAUUUGAUGUCCCUGGUGAACCUCUGAACUGCCAUGUCAACAAAGUCAACAAGGACUGCAUGUUUGUGGCCUGGGACAGACCAGAAUCUGAUGGUGGCAGCCCAAUCACUGGAUAUUAUAUUGAACGUAAAGAGAGAAAUAGCCUUCUCUGGGUUAAGGCAAAUGACACUGUUGUUCGUACCACUGAGUACCCAUGUGCUGGUCUGAUUGAAGGCCUAGAAUAUAACUUCAGGGUUUCAGCAAUUAAUCGUGCUGGACAGGGUAAACCAAGCAAAAAGACAGAAUUUGUUACAGCAAGAACACCUAUUGAUGCACCUGGAAAACCAGAAGUUAUUGAUGUAACCAAGAAUUCAGUUAGUCUAGUCUGGAGCAAACCAAAACAUGAUGGUGGCAGCAAACUCAUUGGAUAUUAUGUUGAAGCCAUAAAGUUACCUGAAGAUAAAUGGAUACGGUGCAAUACAAGUGCCCACAAUGUCCCCAAAGAAGAAUACACAGCAUCUGGACUGGAAGAGGGUGUUCAGUACCAGUAUAGAAUUAUUGCAAAGACAGCAGUAAACAUCAGCCGACCAUCUGAACCCUCUGAUCCAGUCCUUGUCUCAGCAGAAAAUGUCCCACCAAGAGUAGAGAUUGGGCUUCAAAUGAAGCAUCUUUUGCCUGUAAAAGCUGGAGUGAAUGUUUGUCUUGAGGCUGAAGUUUUUGGAAAACCAAUGCCGACUGUUGUAUGGAAGAGGAAUGAAGAGGUCUUAAAGCCUGUUGAAGGUCUAAAAAUGUCACAGAAAAGACAUCUGUUCCUCCUGGAGUUGUCGUCAGUGACACGAAAACAGACAGGAGAGUAUACCAUUCUGGCAGAAAAUGCCAGUGGCUCAAAAUCAGGGGAAAUUCAGCUGCAAGUUCUGGAUGUACCCGGUCCACCAGCUUCUAUGAAAUUUGGGGAUGUGUCAUCAGAUCGUGUCCAUCUACUUUGGGAACCACCUACUGCAGAUGGCGGCUCUAAUAUCACAAACUAUAUUGUAGAUAAACGUGAAACUAGCAGGGCAAACUGGGCUCAGGUCACAGCUAAAAUCAGUGGUAAAACCACAGAAUACACUGUGGAGAAGCUGAUUGAGGGUCAUGAGUAUCAGUUCCGAGUCCGCGCUGAGAACAUGUAUGGGGUUGGAGACCCUAUUCUGUCCAGUCCUGUUGUUGCUAAGAAUCCUUUUGAUGUUCCUGGGACUUGCGAUCCUCCUGUUAUCACUAAUGUUACAAAGGACCAUAUGACUGUCAGCUGGAAGGAACCUGCUAAUGAUGGUGGAGAUGCCAUUCUAGGAUAUAUGGUUGAGAAGCGUGAAACGAAAGAGGGCAACUGGACAAAACUCAACAGGAAGCCAGUGACAGAAAGAACCAUUGAGGCUAGUGAUCUCACAGAAGGAGCAGAGUAUGAAUUCAGAGUUAGUGCUAUGAACAGAGCUGGCUUAGGCAAGCCAAGUGAUCCUUCAAGUGCCACCUUUGCACGUGAUCCUUUGAAUCCCCCCAGCCCACCUGUUUCUCCGAUGGUUGUUGACACAACACACAGUACAAUUAGUUUGUCCUGGUCAAAGCCUGCCAGUGAUGGUGGCAGUGAAAUCUUGGGCUACUUGGUUGAAAUCAAGAGAGCAGAUGGUAGAGACUGGAUAAGGUGUAAUGUACCUAAGAAUCUUCUGGAGACAAACUACAUUGUUACUGGACUUCUUGAUAAUACUGAGUACCAGUUCCGUGUGUCUGCUGUGAACAAAGUUGGGUUCAGUGAACCAAGUGAAGUUCCAGAAACACAUGUUGCAAAGGACAUUUUGGUUGCCCCUGAAGGGUUGCUUAGUGAUGAGCUGAAGGAAACACUGGUGCUCCGUGCUGGCGUCACAAUGAGACUAUAUGUCCCACUGAAAGGCCGACCUGCUCCUAAAGUGACCUGGGCAAAAAUGAAUACUAAUAUUAAGGACAGACUAGGAAUCGUGAUAAAGACAACUGAGUGGGACACUCUGGUAUAUGUUGAAAACGUAAACAGAUAUGAUGCGGGAAAAUAUGUCUUGUCUUUGGACAACAGUUGUGGAAUGAAGAUGUAUACAAUUGCUGUCAAAGUUCUUGACACUCCUGGACCACCUGUCAAUCUGAUGGUCAAAGAGACGUCCAAAGACAGUGCAUAUAUCACCUGGGAUGCUCCUCUAAUUGAUGGUGGAAGCCCUGUGAAGAGUUAUAUUGUUGAGAAACGUGAUGUAGAGAGAAAGGCAUGGUCCACUGUUAGCACUGACUGUGCAAAAACAUCUUUUAAAAUUGAAAACUUGGUGCCAGGCAGGUCUUACAGUCUUAGGGUCUUAGCUGAAAAUGAAUAUGGCAUUGGGGAGCCAUGUGAGACAGCAGAUGCUAUAAGGGCCACAGAACAACCUGGACCAGUAAUGGACUUCAAGGCCAUUCUGGUUACAAAGGAUUCCUGCACCCUUGGCUGGAAGAAACCACUGUGUGAUGGUGGAAGCCGUAUUAUUGCAUAUGUGCUGGAAGUCUUAAAUGAUGAAGAUAAAUGGAGGGGAUUGAUGAAAUCAAAGAAUAUGCAGUACAGUGCCAAAGAUCUUGUAGAAGGAAGGGAAUAUACCUACAGAGUAAAAGCAGUGAAUGAUCGUGGAGAAAGUACAGCAAAGGAACUUACAAUUGUAGCUAAGGAUCUUGUUGUUCUACCUGGAUGUGACUUGCGAGAUUUGCCAAAUUUGUGCUACAUUGCAAAGGAAGGAAGUACUGUUCGUCUGAAGAUCCCAAUAAGUGGAAAGCCUGCACCCACAGUCACAUGGAAGAAGGGUGAAGAUGUUACUUUAACAGACACUGGAAGAGUUUCUGCAGAGUCUACUGCUGUCAACACAACUCUGCUAAUUCAUGACUGCCAAAGAGGUGAUGCAUCAAAAUACACCAUUACUCUCAAAAACAGCGGUGGCACCAAGGAAUCAACAAUCUUUUUCAGAGUGGUUGGAAAACCAGGAAUACCCACAGGACCAGUCAAAUUUCAUGAAAUCACAUCUGAUGGAAUCACCCUAAAAUGGGGUACACCAAAGGAAGACGGUGGAUCAGAAAUAACCAACUAUAUUCUUGAGAAAAGGGAUUCCACAACCAACAUGUGGGUUACCUGUGCUACAGAUGUGAAGGAAAACACCAUAAGAGUAACAAAUCUCCAUGAAGGAACAGGAUAUACAUUUAGAGUGUCUGCAGAAAAUAAGUACGGAGUUGGAGAGGGCCUAAAGUCCGACCCUGUUGUGGCUAAGCAUCCAUUCAAUGUUCCUGAUGCCCCACUUCCACCACAAAUUAUGAGUAUGCGACAUAACUGUGCAACAUUGGCAUGGUCAGACCCAAGGAAAACUGGAGGCUCUCCAAUUACUGGCUAUCAUGUUGAAUUCAAGGAAAGGAAUAGUCAGUUAUGGAAGAGAGCAAGUGAGACACCUCUGAAAAUGAAGGAACACAGGGUGACUGGUCUAACUGAAGGCCUUGAGUAUGAAUUCAGAGUCAUGGCCAUAAACAAAGCAGGUGUUGGAAAGCCAAGUUUGCCAACAUCACCACAUGUUGCCCUGGAUCCAAUUGAUCCUCCUGGUAAACCCGAUGUUAUUAGCAUUACAAGAAGUACUGUAACUCUUGUGUGGACUGAACCCAUGUCGGAUGGAGGACACAGAUUGACUGGCUACAUUGUUGAGAGACGGGAUCUGCCUGCAAAAGUCUGGGUGAAGGCUAAUAAUGUCAAUAUUUUGGAUUGUGCGUUCACGGUGACUGACCUUCAAGAAGGGUGUAAAUAUGAAUUCAGAAUUCGUGCAAAGAAUGCAGCUGGGGCUAUUAGUCCACCAUCUGAACAAACUGAUACACUUAUAUGUAGAGAUGAAUUUGCGGCACCAACCAUCACAAUUGAUCCAACUAUAAAGGAGGGACUUGCUGUUAGAGCUGGUGAUACUAUUGUGAUAACAGCAACAAGCAUUCUUGGAAAACCUCUCCCAACUUCUGCAUGGUCUAAAGGUGGAAAAGACUUCAAACCAUCAGAUAUCUGUCAAAUUGAAAGUACUCCAACAUCAUCUACACUAUCCAUCAAGUAUGCCAGCAGGAAGGAUUCUGGUGAAUAUACUAUUUCUGCCAGCAACCCAUUUGGCAUUAAAGAAGAAAAUGUUAGAGUAAAAGUACUGGAUGUACCUGGCCCACCAGGACCUAUUCAAGCAAGCAGUGUAUCUGCUCAAAAGGUUACUUUGACAUGGUCAGCACCACAUGAGGACGGAGGCUCUCCAAUCAGAUCUUACACUCUGGAGAAGAGGGAAAGCAGCCGCCUUCUUUGGACCAUACUUGCUGAAAAUGUCAUGGAUUGCCAUUUUGUUGCAACCAAGCUUAUCCAGGACAAUGAAUAUGUAUUCCGUGUCUCAGCUGUGAACCAGUAUGGUACUGGUGAUUCAACACUGUCUGAACCAGUGAAAAUGGUGGAUAGCUUUGGCCCACCAGGUCCUCCAUCAAAACCAGAAGUUGACAACGUGAACAAGACCUCAGCAACAAUUUCAUGGAAGAGACCAGUAGAUGAUGGAGGUAGUGAUAUAAUUGGCUACUGUGUUGAACGGAAAGAAAGAAAAGGUAUGAGAUGGAGCAGAGCUUCAAAGAAAUCCAUCCCUGAUCUCCAUUACCAAGUGCAAGGUCUUACUGAAGGAGUUGAAUAUGAAUUCCGAGUGACUGCAGAGAACAAAGCUGGCUUUGGAGAGCCUAGUGAGCCAUCACAGGCUAUCAUGGCUAAGGGUGUGGCAAAUGUACCUGGGCCUCCAUCAAACCCAAGAGUUACUGAUACAACUAAAACUACAGCUUCAUUGCACUGGGGAAGACCUCAUGAUGAUGGUGGACUUGACAUCAUAGGAUAUAUUGUUGAGCAUAAGAAGGAAGGAGAUGAAGAAUGGGUAAAAGACACAACAGGCACUGCACUGAGAAUUACUGAUUUUGUUGUGGCAAGCCUUCAGUCUGGAGGAAAGUACAAUUUCAGAGUCAGUGCAAUGAAUGCAGUAGGGGUUGGUGAUCCAGCUCAAAUCGAGGAACUUGUUGAACUUGUAGAUCGUGAAGAAGUUCCAGACUUUGAACUUGAUGCUGAACUGAGAAGAACCCUUGUAGUGAAGGCUGGAGGCUCCAUACGUAUUUUUGUACCAAUCAAAGGUCGCCCAACUCCUAAAGUCACCUGGUUGAAGGAGGAUAUGCCUCUCAUAGGUCAUGCUCACAUUGAUACCACUGAGUCAUAUACUCUCCUCGUCAUCCCUGAUUGUACUAGGCAUGAUGCGGGAAAAUACAUCCUGACAGUGGAAAAUCCUGCUGGCAAAAAGUCAGGAACUGUAAUAGUCAGAGUUCUGGAUUCACCUGGACCUCCAAUAAACUUGAAGCCAACAGAAAUUAACAAAGAGAGCAUCUCUCUCAAGUGGGAAAUGCCUAUAAUUGAUGGUGGCUCAAAGAUUACCAACUAUAUCAUUGAGAAGAGAGAAGCUACCCGAAAGGCUUAUGCCACAGUAGUUGCAAAUUGUCCAAAGUGUUCUGUUAGAGUUCCAAAUCUGGCAGAAGGAUCAGAGUAUUACUUCAGAGUACGUGCUGAAAAUGAAUUUGGCAUUGGUGAGCCAGUUGAAACUUCUGAUCCAAUAAAAGCCUCUCAAGCACCUACUGCUCCUGAAAUAGUUAACAUCACAAAUGUUACAAAGAAUUCUGCAACUCUUGCUUGGACAAAACCAAAACAUGAUGGUGGCAGUAGAAUCACUGGAUAUGUAAUUGAGGCUCAAAAGAGGGGUACAGAGCAAUGGACCCAUUUGUCUACUGUGAAGACACUUGGAUACAUAGCAAAUAAUCUCAAUGAAAAUGAGGAAUAUGUCUUCAGGGUAAUGGCUGUGAACAGCUCUGGCAGAAGUGAUCCUCGUGAAAGCAGACCUAUUGUUACUAAGGAAGAAACCGCUGGACCUGAAUUUGACCUAAGUGGAAUCUUCCACAGAUUAGUAAUCGCUAAGGCUGGAGAUGAUGUCAAAGUUGAGAUUCCGGUUUUGGGUCGUCCAAAGCCUUCAGUUUCUUGGCAGAAGGAUGCUCAAGCCCUGAGACAGACACAGAGGGUAAACACAGAAGAUACUUUGACAUCAACUAUCCUGAAUGUUAUUGAAUGUACAAGGAAUGACAGUGGACAGUACUCGAUGACAGGGAAAAAUAUACUUGGCACUGUGACGGAUCACAUUACACUCAAAGUGCAUGAUGUGCCUGGACCUCCUAGAGGACCAAUUAAGUUAGACAAAGUUUCCCGUGACUUUAUCACAAUAUCAUGGGAUUCCCCUGAUAAUGAUGGAGGUGUGCCAAUUAACAAUUACAUUGUUGAAUUGCGAGAGACCACAGGUACAAACUGGGUAGAGUUGUCUACAUCAGUAAUCCGAACAACAUUUAAAGCUGCUGGUCUUACAACAGGAGUUGAGUAUCAGUUCCGUGUUAAAGCUAAAAAUCGAUAUGGUGAGGGGCCUCCAAUCACCUCAGAAUCAGUGGUUGCAGCAUAUCCCUUCAAGAUUCCUGGACCACCAGGUACUCCACAAGUAAUAGCCUUCACUAAAGACACGAUGACCAUUUCCUGGAAUGAACCCAUUUCUGAUGGAGGAAGUGAAAUCUUAGCAUAUCACAUUGAAAGGAAAGAGAGGAGUAGUAUCGUGUGGCAAAGAAUCAGCAAGGCUGUUGUAGGAAACAUUUUCAAAUCUUCAGGACUGGAAGCUGGAAUGGCUUAUGAAUUCCGUGUUUUAGCUGAAAAUAUAGCAGGUGUGGGUAAACCAAGCAAGUCGUCAGAGCCAAUGUUAGCCCUUGAUCCAGUGGAUCCACCAGGCCAACCGGUAGCAGUUAUCGUUACUAAAAGUGCAGUAACUCUUGAAUGGACAAAGCCUGAAUAUGAUGGUGGGUUCAAAAUAACUGGGUAUACUGUUGAAAAGAAAGACUUACCAGAUGGACGUUGGCUCAAGGCUAACUUUACCAACAUUAUUGAUACCACAUUCACUGUAAGUGGACUCACAGAAGGUGCGUCAUAUGUAUUCCGUGUUUGUGCCCGGAAUUCGGCUGGUGCUGUGAGUAACCCAUCAGAACCAACAGAUCCUAUUUCUUGCAAAGAUGACAUUGAGGAGCCUAGAAUUAUGGUUGAUGCUAAGUUUAAGGAUACCAUACUAGUGAAAGCAGGAGAAGCCUUCAAACUUGAGGCAGAUGUCACUGGCCAACCACGACCCUCUAUGGUUUGGGAGAAAGAUGGAAAGGAAUUGGAAAAUACAAUCAAAUUACAAAUGAAAAUGGCAGAUUUUGCUACAACUUUGAUUAAUAAAGACUCGUUGAGGAGGGAUGGAGGUUCACUCACUUUAACUGCAAGUAACUCAGGUGGAUUUGCUAAGCAUAUCUUCAAGGUUACAGUCCUUGAUAGACCAGGGCCACCAGUGGGACCGCUUGCUGUUACAGACCUCACUGCUGAGAAAUGUGUAAUUACAUGGUUACCACCAUCAGACAAUGGAGGAGCAAAAAUUGAGCAUUACAUCGUUGAAAAGCGUGAAACAAGUCGACUUGCAUGGACAAAUGUAGCAUCCGAUUUGCAAGUCUCCCAGUUCUUAGUGACCAAGCUGCUAAAAGGAAAUGAAUAUAUCUUUAGAGUCAUGGCUGUCAAUAAAUAUGGAGUUGGAGAGCCUCUUGAAUCUGAACCUGUUGUUGCUACCAAUCCCUAUGUUCCACCUGAUCCCCCACAGGCACCUGAAGUAACAGCUAUCACAAAGGAUUCAAUGGUGGUUUGCUGGGGAGCUCCAAAGAGUGAUGGUGGAAGUAGUAUUUCCAACUAUAUAAUUGAACGAAGAGAUAAAGUUGGUCAUCGCUGGCUGAGAUGCAACAAGAAGACUGUCACUGAUUUGAUGUAUAAAGUAUCUGGACUUAUGCCAGGUCAUGAAUAUGAAUUUAGAAUUUUUGCAGAAAAUGCUGCUGGUGUAAGUGGACCCAGUCCUUUAAGUCCAUUCUACAAGGCUACCGACGCACUAUUCAAGCCUGGCCCCCCUGGAAAUCCUAGAGUCUUGGACACAACAAAGUCAUCAAUCACUCUUGCAUGGAACAAGCCAUUGUAUGAUGGAGGUUCUGAUAUCACAGGCUAUAUUGUUGAGACCUGCCUACCAACAGAGGAUGAAUGGUCCAUUGUAACCCCAAAAGAAAUGUGGGUGGGUACAUCAUUUACAAUUACUAAUUUGAAGGAAAAUCAAGAAUACAAAAUCAAUAUUUCAGCUGUUAACUCUGAGGGGGUUGGAGAGGCUGCUUCUGUUCCUGGAACACCAAAGGCAGAGGACAGACAGCUUCCACCAGAAAUUGAGCUUGAUGCUGACCUUCGUAAAGUCAUCAACAUUAGAGCCUGUAACACGUUGAGGUUGUUUGUACUCAUAAAAGGAAGACCAGCUCCUAUGGUGAAAUGGACAAGAGAAAAUGGGGAACCUAUUGAAAGAGCAACCAUUGAAAAUACAACAUCUUUCACAUCAGUAAUUGUUGAAAAUGUCAAUAGGUCUGACAGUGGAAAGUACUUGUUGACUGUGGAAAACAGUUCAGGAAGCAAGACAGCCUGUGUUAAUGUGAGAGUAUUGGAUACCCCUGGAGCACCAACCAAUCUGAAAAUCCAGGAGGUUACCAAAGAGUCUGUCUCACUCAUCUGGGACCCCCCUCUUAAUGAUGGUGGCACAGUCAUUAAGAAUUAUAUUGUAGAAAAACGUGAAGCAACAAGAAAAGCAUACUCCACAGACAUGGCCAAUUGUCACAAAACAAGCUGGACAGUUGAUCACCUGCAGGAGGGAUGCAAUUAUUACUUCAGAGUUCUAGCUGAAAAUGAAUAUGGAAUUGGUCUGCCCAUUGAAACUACGGAGUCAGUCAAAGUAUCUGAAAAACCACUCCCUCCAGGAAAAAUCACCCUACAAGAUGUCACAAAGAAUAGUGUCAGUCUGUCAUGGGAAAAGCCAGAGCAUGAUGGAGGAAGCAGAAUCGUAGCAUAUGUUGUUGAAAUGCAAGGCAAAGGAAGUGAAAAGUGGACGCAGUGUGUGAUUGUAAAAGGUACUGAAGCAGUUGUUACUGGACUAACACCUGGUGAAGAAUAUAUGUUUCGGGUAUUAGCAAGAAAUGAGAAAGGAACAAGUGAUCCUCGUCAGUUUGGUGUCCCAGUCAUGGCCAAAGAUCUUCUGAUUAUUCCUGCUGUUAAGCUGUUAUUCUCUACAUUCAGUGUUUUGGCAGAAGAAGACUUGAAGAUAGACAUUCCAUAUGUUGCUCGUCCAAAGCCAGCAAUUUCUUGGCACAAAGGCAGCGCAUCUCUCAAGCAAACUACCAGAGUUCAUUUUGAAGCAACUGAAAACAAUUUGUGUCUUAUGAUCAAGGAGGCAUGCAGAGAUGAUGUUGGAAAGUAUAUCAUUAAACUGUCUAACACAGCAGGUGAAACAACAACAGAACUUGGUGUUGUUGUUCUUGACAAACCUGGCCCACCAACUGGCCCUGUGAAAGUGGAUGAGGUCACUUCAGCCAGCAUCACAUUUUCUUGGAAGCGCCCCGAGUAUGAUGGUGGUUGCAUUAUUAGCAACUACAUUGUAGAAAAGAGAGACACAUCAACUACAAACUGGCAAAUUGUGUCUGCAACAGUUCCUAGAACAACAAUUAAAGCUGCAAGGUUAAAGACUGGCUGUGAAUAUCAGUUCAGGAUUACUGCUGAGAACCGAUAUGGAAAGAGUGCAUAUCUUGUCUCAGACUCUGUGGUUGCUCAAUAUCCAUUCAAACUUCCAGGCCCUCCAGGAACACCCUUUGUGCAUGCUUCUACAAAGGACAGCAUGGUAGUAGUGUGGAAUGAGCCUGUCAUAGAUGGAGGGUGCAGCAUAUUAGGAUAUCAUCUUGAGAUGAAGGAAAGAAAAAGUAUUCUUUGGAUGAAACUGAAUAAGUCACUAAUACAAGACACAACAUUCAAGACUAUUGGCCUUGAAGCUGGACUUGAAUAUGAGUUCAGGGUUUAUGCUGAAAAUAUUAUGGGGAUUGGUAAAGCCAGCAAACUAUCAGAAGGCUAUAUUGCUAGAGACCCAUGUGAUCCUCCAGGCACUCCUGAGGCUAUCAGUAUCACAAAGAAUUCCAUUACCAUCAAAUGGACAAAGCCAGAAUAUGAUGGCGGCAGCAAAGUUACUGGCUAUAUUGUUGAGAAGAAGGACUUGCCCGAGGGGCGUUGGAUGAAGGCCAACUUCACAAAUGUAAUUGAGACCGAAUAUGUUGCAACUGGGUUAGUUGAAGACCAGAAAUAUGAGUUUCGUGUCAUAGCAAGAAAUGCUGCAGGUGUUUUCAGUAAUCCAUCUUACAGCACGGGACCUAUCACUGCAAAGGAUGAAGUGGAUCCACCUCGCAUUAGCAUAGAUCCAAAAUACACUCAAACUAUUGUUGUACAUUCUGGGGAAGCAUUCAGAAUUGAUGCUGAUGUUCAUGGAAAGCCAACACCUACUAUCCUCUGGAUGAAGGGAGGUCAAGAGCUUGGAAAUACAUUAUACCGUGAAAUAAAAAACACAGAAAUCAGGGCAUGUUUGAGUGUAAAGGAAGCUAAACUCAUUGAUGGAGGACAGUAUACUUUGCUAUUAAAGAACCUUGGAGGAGAGAAGUCUGUAAAUGUCACAGUCAAGGUCCUGGAUAGACCUGGUCCGCCUGACGGUCCUAUACAUAUCCAUGGUGUUAUGAGUGAUCAAUGUUCCAUUGCCUGGAAAGUACCACUGCAAGACGGAGGCAGUGACAUAUCCCAUUAUAUUGUUGAAAGGAGAGAAACAAGCAGACUAGUUUGGACACUUGUUGAAGCAAAAGUACAUGCACUUAAUCUAAGAAUCACAAAGCUUUUGGAAGGAAAUGAGUAUGUCUUCCGUGUCUUGGCUGUAAACAAAUAUGGAGUUAGUGAUCCACUUGAAUCUCAAGCUGUAGUUGUUAAAAAUCAAUUUGUGGCUCCUGAUGCACCCAAGAAUGUUGAAGUUUCCAAUGUCUCAAAGGAUUCAAUGGUGGUAACUUGGGAAGGACCUACAAACGAUGGUGGCAGUCCAAUUACAGGAUUUAUUAUUGAAAAACAUGAUAAAGAAGGAGUAAGGUGGACCAGAUGCAAUAGGAAUAUAGUUAAUGACCUGUGCUUUAAGGUCACUGGACUUCUUGAAAAUCAUAAUUAUGAAUUCAGAGUUGCAGCUGAAAAUGCAGCUGGCAUUGGAGAACCAAGUUCGCAAUCUGUUUACUAUAGGGCUUUAGAUCCCAUUUUCAAACCUGGCCCACCAAAUAAUCCUAAAGUGACAGAUGUAUCACGAUCAUCUGUAUUCCUUUCAUGGGGAAAGCCUAUAUAUGAUGGUGGUUGUGAGAUCCAGGGAUAUAUUGUUGAGGCAUGUGAAGCAAAAUCAGAAGAAUGGACAAUGUGCACUCCCCCAACAGGCAUUAAAAAAUUACAAUAUGAAGUGGAAAAACUUAAAGAAAAGCAAGAGUAUAAAUUCAGAGUCUGUGCAAUAAACAAGGCUGGUGUUGGUGAGCAUGCUGAUGUCUCUGGAACCAUUAUUGUUGAAGAGAAAAUGGAAGAACCAUAUCUUGAUAUUGAUCCAAACCUCAGGAAGACCAUUAGUAUCAUAGCAGGAGGCUCCCUCAGGGUAUUCAUUCCAAUCAAAGGCUGCCCUGCCCCCCAAAUUAAAUGGGAAAAAGUUGAUGGUAAAAUCCGGGAUACAGCGCAGAUUGAGGUUACCAGUAGCUAUACAUGCCUUGUAAUUGACAAUACUAACAGAUUUGAUAGUGGGAAGUAUACUAUCACUGCAGAAAAUACCAGUGGAUCAAAAUCCGAAUCCAUUUCUGUCAGAGUCCUUGACACUCCAAGUGCUCCAGUCAACCUCAAAAUAAAGGAGAUUACAAAACAGUCUGUAACCCUUACGUGGGACUCACCUGCAUUGGACGGUGGAGCCAAAAUAAAAAACUAUAUCAUUGAAAAACGAGAAAGCACAAGAAAGGCUUAUGCUGCAGUUGUAACUAAUUGCCAUGCAUUUUCAUGGAAAGUUGAACCUCUUCAGGAAGGCUGCAACUAUUACUUCAGAGUUCUUGCUGUAAAUGAACAUGGGAUUGGCUUACCAGCAGAAACAACUGAUCCCAUUAAAAUAUCAGAAGUGCCACAGUCACCUAGGAACUUCACUGUUGUUGAUGUAACUCGUAAUAGUGUUUCUCUUGCCUGGGAGAAGCCUGAACAUGAUGGUGGAAGUAGAAUCAUGCAAUAUCUGGUAGAAAUGCAAGUUAAGGGCAGUGAGAAAUGGUCUGGCUGUACAAAUGUCAAAACCCUUGAGACUGUCAUCAGUAAUUUAGUCCAAGGAGAAGAAUAUUUGUUUAGAGUUAUUGCUAUCAAUGAGAAAGGGAAAAGUGAUCCAAGAACCCUUCCUGUUCCAGUACAAGCAAAGGACUUAGUCAUUGAUCCACAAAUACGACCUGCAUUCAGUAACUACAGUGUACAAGUUGGUAAAGAUCUCACAGUAGAAAUACCAAUAUUUGGACGUCCAAAACCGACAGUUGUUUGGAGCAAGAAUGGCGUAACUCUAACACAGACAACAAAAGUUAAUUUUGUUAACACUGCACAUCAUACAACUCUCAGUAUAAAAGAAGCAACACAAGAUGAUGGUGGCUUAUAUCAAAUUUCAGUUUCUAAUGUUGUGGGACAAAAGGAUGCAAUUGUUGAAAUCAUCACACUUGAUAAACCUGGUCCGCCAAGUGGCCCGGUAAGAUUUGAUGAAGUAAGUGUGGAAAGUGUCAAAAUCUCUUGGGAUCCCCCAAAAUACACUGGUGGAUGCCAAAUUUCAAAUUAUAUUGUGCAAAAGAGAGACGCCACCACUACCACAUGGGAGAAUGUGACGUGCACACUUGCCAGAACUUCACUAAAGAUAACAAGACUGAAAACUGGAGCAGAAUAUCAAUUCAGAAUAAUUGCUGAAAACAGAUAUGGAAAAAGUUAUGCUUUAGACUCUCGCUGUGUGGUUGCCCAAUAUCCAUACAAGGAGCCAGGUCCACCAGGGACACCAUUUGUCACAUCACUCUCAAGGGAUCAUAUGGUUGUGGAAUGGCAUGAACCUGUUAUAGAUGGAGGUAGUAGUGUUAUUGGGUACCAUCUGGAAAGAAAAGAAAGAAACAGUGUCCUUUGGACAAAGAUUAACAAGACACUCAUUCAAGAUACCCGCUUUAAGAACAGCCAUUUGGAAGAAGGUAUUGAAUAUGAGUUUAGGGUUACUGCAGAGAAUAUUGUUGGAAUAGGCAGAUGCAGUAAAGUCUCUGAGGGCUGUGUUGCACGUGACCCAUGUGACCCUCCUGGCACACCAGAAGCCAUCCAUGUGAGUAAAAGUUCAAUCACAAUUCAGUGGACUAAGCCUGAAUAUGAUGGAGGCAGUUCGAUUACUGGUUAUACUGUGGAAAAGCGGGACCUUCCAGAGGGACGCUGGAUGAAGUCCAACUUCACAAACAUCAUUGAGACUCAAUACACAGCUACUGGCUUAACUGAAGAUGCAAAGUAUGACUUCAGAGUUAUUGCAAAAAAUUCCGCUGGAACUAUCAGUAAACCAUCUUAUAACACAGGACCUAUCACAGCAAAGGAUGAAGUUGAGCCACCAACAUUCUCAAUUGACCCAGAGUACAGUCAGACUAUUGUUGUAAAUGCAGGAGAUACUUUUAAACUUGAUGCAGAUGUACAUGGAAAGCCAAUACCAACAGCCCAGUGGUUCAAAGGUGACAAAGAAUUUCAGAAUACUACAAGGUGUGAGAUCAAGAACACUGAUUUAAGGGCUAUGGUUGUUAUUAAAGAUGCAACCAGAAUUGAUGGUGGACAAUAUAUCCUGCAGCUAAGUAAUUUAGCAGGUACCAAAACCAUUCCUUUCAAUGUCAAAGUGCUGGAUAGACCAGGCCCAUGUGAAAGGCCCCUUAACAUCACUGGUAUAGCAAGUGACAAAUGUACACUGUCAUGGCUUCCUCCACAACAUGAUGGUGGUAGCAAAGUUUCUCAUUACAUAAUUGAAAAGAGAGAAACUAGCCGUCUUGCUUGGACUAUAGUUACAAGUGAUUGUCCUGCUCCAGUGUUCAAAGCAACCAAACUUCUAGAGGGAAAUGAAUAUAUUUUCAGGGUCAUGGCUGUCAAUCAAUAUGGCAUUGGUGAAGCAGUGGAAUCUUCAGCUGUCAUCAUGAAAAAUCCAUUUAUUCCACCUGGAUCUCCUCAAAUUCUGGAUGUAACAAAUAUUGCAAAAGAUUCCAUGACUGUCUGUUGGUCUGCACCCGAAACAGAUGGUGGAAGUGAAAUCAUUGGCUACAUUAUAGAGAAGAAAGACAGGUCUGGGAUCCGAUGGACAAAAUGCAACAGACAAAGAGUCACAGACUUACACUUCAGAGUAACAGGCUUGGCAGAAAAUCAUGAGUAUGAGUUUAGAUUAUCUGCUGAAAAUGCAGCUGGAACUGGAGAACCAAGUAUACCAACUCAGUACUACAAAGCUUGUGAUCCAACAUUCAGGCCUGGCCCACCAAGUAAUCCUCAUGUUGUUGAUACAACCAAAAAUUCUAUUUCAGUAGCAUGGGGUAAGCCCACUUCUGAUGGUGGCAGUGCAAUUCAAGGGUAUAUUAUUGAGAUUUGCAAAGCUGAUGAAGAGGAGUGGACUAUGUGCACCCCGCCAACAGGCUUGCGUGUAAAUAAGUUUGAAAUCACAAAACUUACUGAACAACAAGAAUACAAGAUUCAGGUAUGUGCUCUCAACAAGUUAGGUGUUAGUGAACCAGCUGUUAUUCCAGGAACAGCUAAACCUGAAGACAAAAAGGAAGCCCCAGAAAUCCACCUUGACUCUGAGCUCAGGAAAGGCAUUGUAGUUCGUGCUGGAGGGUCUGUAAGAAUUAAUGUACCUUUCAAAGGAAGACCAACUCCAGAGAUUCGCUGGUCUAAAGAUGAAGGGAAUUUACCUGAAAAAGCUCAGAUUGAGAAAGGUCUGAACUAUACACAACUUUCCAUUGAUUUAUGUGACCGAAAUGAUGCUGGAAAAUACACACUGAGCUUGGAAAAUAGCAGUGGGUCAGUCUCUGAAUAUGUAGCAGUCAAAGUGUUAGACACACCAUCAGCACCUUUGAAUCUUGUUGUUAAAGAUAUCAAGAAAGACUCUGUUACUCUUGUUUGGGACCCACCAUUGAUUGAUGGUGGUGCAAAGAUUAAGAACUAUGUUGUUGACAAACGUGAAUCAACCAGAAAAGCUUAUGCUAAUGUUACAACCAAGUGCACAAAAACAAGCUAUGUUGUUGAAAAUCUUGCAGAAGGGGCAAUGUAUUACUUCAGAGUUAUAGCAGAAAAUGAAUAUGGCGCUGGGUUGCAAACUGAAACAAAAAAUGCAGUCAAGGCAUCUGAGGUUCCUCUGCCAGUUUCUAAAGUAACUCUUACUGAUGUUAGUAAAACAAGUGCAUCUCUAGCAUGGGAUAAACCAGAGCAUGAUGGUGGUAGUAGGAUUGUGGGUUACUUAAUUGAAAUGCAGCCUAAAGGAACAGACAAGUGGGGUGUGGCAACCUCAGUGAAGACAUGUGAAGGCACUGUAAGUGGACUAACUUCUGGUCAAGAAUAUCUCUUCCGUGUUGUGGCCUACAAUGAAAAGGGAAAGAGUGAACCAAAGCUUUUAGCUGCUCCUGUUAUUGCAAAUGACCUGACUAUUGAACCCAGCCUAAAACUUCUGUUCAACACCUACAAUGUCAAAUCUGGGAAAGAUCUCAAAAUAGAAAUACCAGUGAUUGGCCGUCCCAAACCAGACAUUAAGUGGAUGAGAGAUGGACAAUCUUUGAAACCGACAACCAGAGUUAAUUAUUCACGCACACCAACCUGUGCUAUCCUUCAAAUUACAGAAGCAAAUAAAGAUGAUUUGGGCAAGUAUGAAGUCACUGCGACAAAUAGUGCUGGCACAGUAACAGAGGAAAUUGGAAUUAUAAUCCUUGACAAGCCUGGUCCACCAUCAGGCCCUAUUAAAAUAAAUGAAGUAAGCAAUAGCUUUGUCACCAUCUCAUGGGGAGCACCAGAAUACACAGGAGGUUGUCAAAUCAGAAAUUAUAUUGUUGAAAAACGAGACACAACUACCACCGAGUGGCAAAAUGUGUCUUCGACUGUUGCAAGGACAACUAUAAAAAUUUCCAAGCUAAACACCGGUGCAGAAUACCAGUUCAGAAUCUGUGCUGAAAAUCGGUAUGGAAAAGGUCCACAUUUAGACUCAUCUGCAGUUGUUGUGCAGUAUCCUUAUAAGCCUCCAGGGCCCCCGGCCACUCCACGUGUUACAUCAGCAACAAAGGAACAUAUGGUUGUUGAAUGGAAUGAACCAGUCAAUGAUGGGGGAAGUUCUGUGAUUGGUUAUCACCUUGAAAGCAAAGAAAGAAAAAGCAUUUUGUGGACAAAAUUGAAUAAGAUUCUCAUUACUGACACUAUGUUCAAAAUGAUUAAUCUGGAAGAAGGCACUGAAUAUGAAUUUAGAGUCUAUGCUGAGAAUAUUGUUGGCAUCGGUAAAUCAAGCAAAGUUUCAGAAUGCUUUGUAGCCCGGGAUCCAUGUGAUCCACCCGGUUGCCCUGAGCCUAUUAAAAUCUCCAAAGACCACAUCACACUUAAGUGGACAAAGCCUCAUUAUGAUGGUGGCAGUAAAGUCACUGGGUAUAUUGUAGAAAUGAGGGAAUUGCCUGAAGGUCGUUGGAUGAAGGCAAACUUCACAAAUGUAAUUGAGACUGACUUUACGAUUACAGGCUUAACAGAAAACCACAAAUAUGACUUCCGAGUUUUUGCACGAAACGCAGCUGGUGUUUUCAGUGAGCCCUCUGAAAACACUGGACCAAUCACUGCCACUGAUGAAAUUGAAGCCCCAAGAGCAUCAUUGGACCCAAAAUACAAGGAUACUAUUGUUGUUAAUGCUGGAGAAACAUUUUUCCUUGACGCUGAUUUCUAUGGCAAGCCAGUGCCUGAUAUUAUAUGGUUAAAGGAAGGAAAAGAAAUUGAUAAGACUACAUCAAGAAUGGAAGUCAAAACUACUAGUAAGCACACAAUGCUUGUAAUAAAAGAAUGUAUUAGAGUGGACAGUGGCCAGUAUGAACUCAGGCUUAGCAAUGCUGGUGGAACAAAAAACAUACCAAUCACAGUAAAGGUUCUAGAUCGACCUGGUAGUCCUAGUGGACCACUCAAUGUGACAGGUGUUACUGCUGAUCAGUGUUAUUUGUCCUGGAGUGAUCCUUCACAAGAUGGCGGUGCUAUUAUCUCACACUACAUUAUUCAGAAGAGAGAAACCAGUAGGCUAUCCUGGACUGUAGUUGACUCUAAUGUUAAGUCUAUUAGUUACAAGGUAACCAAGCUCCUGGCUGGCGAUGAAUACAUCUUCAGAGUCAUGGCAGUGAACAAAUAUGGCAUUAGUGAGCCACUUGAAUCAGAGCCUAUAACAGCUCACAGCCCGUUCAAGCUACCAAGUGCUCCUUCUACGGCAGAAGCAAGUGUUAUAACAAGGGAGUCAAUGGUUGUUACAUGGAAUCUUCCAGACAAUGAUGGUGGGACAGAAAUUCAAUGUUACCACCUUGAAAAGCGUGACAAAGAUGGUGUUAGAUGGACAAAAUGUAACAGACAGCUUUUAAAAGAUCUGUAUUUUAAAGUAACAGGACUUACAGAAGGACAUUUCUAUGAGUUCCGUGUUUCUGCUGAAAAUGAGGUUGGUGUGGGAGAAGUAAGUGAGCCAUCACUGUUCUACAGAGCAUGUGAUGCAACACAAGCACCUGGUCCUCCAAUCCAUCCUAAAGUGACUGACCAUUCCGCUACAACUGUGUCCCUAGCCUGGGGCAAACCACUCAGUGAUGGUGGUGCAUUUAUUAGGGGAUAUAUUGUUGAGAUGAAAGACAUUUCUCAGGAAGAAUGGAUUAUUUGCACCCCUCCAACGGGUAUACAAUCAACACACUAUACUGCAACAAAUCUGAAGGAGAAUGCUGAAUACAACUUCCGUAUCUGUGCAUUUAAUUCAGAAGGUGUUGGAGAGCAUGCGGAUAUACAUGGGUCUGUAGUGGCAGCUGAAAAAGUUGAAGCACCAGAGAUUGAAUUAGAUGCAGACUUGAGAAAAGUUGUUUCUGUACGUGCUAGUGGAACACUUCGGCUAUUUGUCACAAUCAGAGGAAGACCUGAACCAAAGGUCACAUGGGAAAAGGCAGAAGAAUCUUUGACAGAGCGUGCACAAAUUGAAGUCACAAGUUCAUACACUAUGCUUGUCAUUGACAACGUGAACAGAUUUGACAGUGGGAAAUAUCUUUUAACUCUUGAAAAUAAUAGUGGAGCAAAAUCAGCAUUUGUCAAUGUCAGAGUGCUAGACUCACCAAGUGCCCCUCUUAACUUUGAAGUUAAAGACAUCAAGAGAGAUUCUGUAACACUCCUUUGGGAGCCUCCACUUACUGACGGAGGAGCCAAGAUAACAAACUACAUUGUAGAGAAACGAGAAUCUACAAGAAAAGCUUACACCACAGUCACAAGUAAUUGUACCCAGAAUUCAUUCCAGAUUAGUGAGCUACAGGAAGGAUCUAUUUACUACUUCCGUGUGCGAGCCGUGAAUGAGCAUGGUCUUGGUUUAGCAGUAGAAACUAAAGAUCCAGUCAAGGUUUCUGAAGUACCUAUGCCACCAGGUAAAAUUUCAGUCGUGGAUGUGACCCGAAACAGUGUCUUCCUCUCCUGGGAGAAACCUGCUCAUGAUGGUGGCAGCAAAAUUCUGUGCUACAAUGUAGAGAUGCAGACUAAGGGCAAUGAUAAGUGGACUGUGAAUACUACAGUUAAGGUCCUGGAAGCAGCAAUCACCAGCCUUACAGCAGGUGAAGAAUAUUCAUUCAGAAUCAUUGCUUUGAAUGAAAAAGGCAAAAGUGAUCCAAAAGAACUUGGUGUACCUGUGAUCACAAAAGACAUUGAAAUUGAACCUUCAAUUCAUAAUUUAUUCAACACUUACAGUGUGAAGGCAGGGGAUGAUCUUACAGUUGAAGUUCCAUUCAGGGGGAGACCUAAACCAGUGGUUUCAUGGAAGAAGGAUGGACUCCCUCUCAAGCAAACAACCUCUGUAACAAUUCUGACAUCCACAACCUCAACUAAAAUAAUCUUCAAACAAGCCACCAGGGAGCAUGUUGGAAAAUAUGAAAUCACUGUAGCUAACACAGCUGGCACAAAAACAGCGGACAUUGGCAUUAUUGUUCUUGACAAACCUGGACCACCAGCAGCAAUUAAGGUAGAUGAAGUAAGUUCUGAAAGUAUAAAAUUGUCCUGGAAUCCACCAGAGUAUGAUGGUGGAUGUCACAUCAACAACUACAUCGUGGAGAAGAGAGAUACCAGCACUACAAUAUGGGAAAUUGUUUCAGCUACAGUUGCUAGAACUGCAAUUAAAGUUCCUCGUUUGACACAUGGAUCAGAAUACCAGUUCCGUGUUUACGCUGUAAACCGUUAUGGAAAGAGCCCUCAUAUAGAGUCCCCAGGAAUUACUGCACAGUAUACAUGCAAGCAACCUGGUCCACCAUCCACCCCUAGAAUUGCCCAUGCAACUAAGUCCUUUAUGAUUGUUACAUGGAAUGAACCAGUCAAUGAUGGUGGAAGCACAGUUAUUGGCUAUCACCUGGAGUAUAAAGAAAGAAGCAGCAUUAUCUGGACUAAGUUGAACAGAGGCAUCAUAACUGACACUGAAUUCAAAGUGAAUGCCAUUGAAGAAGGUUUGUUCUAUGAAUACCGUGUCUAUGCAGAAAACAUUGCUGGAAUUGGGAAAUCUAGCAAAGCCUCUGAACUGGUAGGUGCAAGAGAUCCAUGUGACCCUCCAGGUCAACCAACUGUUACAAAUGUUACUAGAACAUCGGUUUCUCUCUCUUGGACAAAGCCAGAGUAUGAUGGUGGUGCUAAGGUGACUGGUUACAUAAUCGAAUCUAGGGAAGUUCCAGAGGGUCGUUGGUUGAAGUGCAAUUUCACUAAUGUCCCAGAAACAUACUUUGAUGUUACAGGCCUUACGGAGGAUCAGAAAUAUGAUUUCCAUGUCAUUGCAAAGAAUGCAGCAGGAUUAUUCAGUGAGCCAUCUGAUAGUACAGGCCCUGUCAUAGCUAAAGACGAUGUUGAUCCACCACGAAUCAUGAUGGAUUUAAAGUUCAGAGAUGUUGUUUUUGUGAAAGCCGGUGAUGCUUUGAAAAUCAAUGCAGAUAUUGAUGGACGACCUCUCCCAGUUGUUUCAUGGACAAAGGAUGGUAAGGAGUUUGAGCCUCAGGCUAGAGUUCAGAUCUCAUCAACAGCCAGAAGCACUGGAAUAAUUGUUAAAGACUGCAUCAGAAGAGACUCUGGAAAGUAUGUUUUGACCUUACAGAAUAUUGCUGGAACAAAGUCAAUGGAAAUAAACUGCACAGUCCUUGACAAACCAGGACCAUCAGCUGGGCCACUGGAAGUCACUGGCCUUACAGCUGAAAAAUGUACAUUAACUUGGGGACCUCCUCAAGAGAAGGGGGGAGCAGAGAUCUCUCACUAUAUUGUUCAGAAACGUGAAACAAGUCACCUUGCCUGGACAGUAGUAUAUGGAGACAUGAAAGCUACAAGAUGUUCAGUUACUAAACUUCUUAAAGACAAUGAGUACAUCUUCAGAGUUCUUGCUGUGAACAAAUAUGGAGUUGGUGAGGCCCUGGAGAGUGAUGCUAUAAAAGUUGUUGAUCCAUUCACUUGUCCAUCUGCACCCAUAGAUGUAAAAAUUGCUGCUGUAUCAAAUGAAGCAAUGACAAUCUGCUGGACACAGCCAGCCACUGAUGGAGGUAGUGACAUUUGUGGAUAUGUGAUUGAAAGGCGUGAGAAAUCAAGCCUGCGUUGGGUUCGUGUAAACAAAAAGCCUGUAUGUGAUAUAGUGGUGCAGGCUACCAAUCUCCGUAAAGGAUCUGAAUAUGAAUUCCGUGUUUAUGCAGAAAAUGCAGCUGGGUUGGGUCCUCCAAGUUACCCUUCCCCAAUAACUAGGGCAGAGGAUCCACUUAUGGCACCAUCCCCACCAGAAAAGCUAAAGGUUAUUGAUUCCACUAAGAACUCUCUCACUCUUCUCUGGAACAAGCCGUUGUUUGAUGGGGGAGCCCCUGUCUCUGGAUACAGUGUGGAGUACAAGAAAGCAAAGGAUGAAGAGUGGAAGAUUGCUAUUCAAUACACAAGAAACACAGAGUUCACAAUCACUGGACUUGCAUCGGGAGAAGAAUAUAUUUGUGCUGUUAAAUCUAUCAAUAAAAUUGGUCCCAGCGAACCCAAAAUAACUACUGAGCCCCAGAUAGCUACAGAUAGAGAAGAAGAACCAGUAUUUGAUGUUGAUAUUGAAAUGCGCAAGACUCUGAUUGUGAAGCAUGGUAGCUCAUUUACUUUGACUGUUCCCUUCAGGGGAAGACCAGUACCUAGUGUAACAUGGAAUAAAGAAAAUGUAGAUCUGAAAGAAAGAGCAAGUACUGAUACAAGUGAUACUUGCACAUCAAUUACGCUAGAGAAAGCUACAAGAUAUGACUCUGGAAAGUACACUGUAACACUACAGAAUAGUGUUGGAACAGCUGCUUUGACAAUGGAGGUUAAAGUUCUUGAUUCUCCUGGGCCACCAUGUAAUGUUAAAAUUAAGGAUGUCACAAAGGACUCUGUUACAGUGACAUGGGAGGUGCCAGAAAAUGAUGGCGGUGACCCUGUUAAGAACUAUCAUGUUGAGAAACGUGAAGCUAGCAAAAAGGCAUGGGUGAGCAUCACCAACAACUGCCAUCAUUUUACCUAUGAAGCGACAGAUCUGCAAGAAGGAGCCAUCUACUACUUCAGAGUGAUUGGAGAAAAUGAAUUUGGAGUUGGUAUACCUUCUGAGACCAAGGAUGGAACUAAGAUUACAGAAAAGCCAAGCCCACCUCUAAGGCUUGGUGUCACGGAUGUCACAAAAGAUAGUGUUUCACUGUCAUGGAGUAAACCAGAGCAUGAUGGAGGCAGCAGAAUCACCAGUUAUUUAAUUGAUGCUGUUGAAAAGGGUCAACAAAAGUGGGUGAAAUGCGCUGUGGUAAAAAGUACCAGUCACACUGUCCGAAGCCUAAGGGAAAAUGCUGAGUACUUCUUCAGAGUCCGAGCUGAAAACCAUGCAGGUCUCAGUGAUCCCAAAGAAAUGAUUGUCCCUGUGAUUGUAAAAGAUCAGCUUGAAUCCCCUGAGUUCGACAUGAAGAAUUUCCCUCAUAAUACUGUUUAUGUGAGAGCUGGUUCAAACCUGAAGUUUGAGCUCCCUCUUACUGGAAAACCAAUUCCGAAGGUCGCACUUUCAAGGGAUAAAAUUGCUGUGAAGUCAACCAAGCAUUUCAGCUAUGAAGUAAAUCCAGAGGGCCUCAUCUUUAAUCUUCAAGAAAGUGUUGCUAAUGAUGCAGGCAUAUAUGACAUCAUUGCUUCUAAUAAAAGUGGAACUACCAAGUCAUUUGUCAAAAUUUUGGUUCUGGAUAGACCUGGUCCCCCAGCUGGCCCUGUUGAAAUUAGUGAUGUCACUGAGACAAGCUUAGUCCUCAAAUGGCUUCCUCCUACGUAUGAUGGCGGUAGCCCAGUUACCAACUAUGUUGUACUUAGGCGUGAAACAAGCACUCCCACUUGGACGGAAGUGUCAUCUACCGUAGCAAGAAGCACAAUGAAAGUCAAAAAGCUGACUAAAGGAGAGGACUAUCAGUUCAGGAUCAAGGCAGAGAAUCGAUUUGGCAUCAGUGAUCACAUUGAUUCACAGACUGUCACAGCGAAGCUCCCAUACACAAUCCCAGGACCUCCAUCAACACCAUGGAUACAUUUUGUUUCAAGGGAGAGUCUAACUGUCUGCUGGAAUGAGCCUGUCAUAGAUGGUGGAAACCCUGUGUUUGGAUACCAUUUACAGAUGAAAGAGAGAAGCAGCGCACACUGGCAGAAGAUUAACAAAACUGCUAUCAGUGCAAUGCAAUUCAGAGUAACAAAUAUAUGCCCUGGCUUGAUUUAUGAGUUUAGGGUUGCAGGGGAAAAUGCAGCUGGCAUUGGAAAAUUGAGCAAAACAUCGGACGAAGUGCUUGCAAUUGAUGCCUGUGAGCCUCCAGCCAAUGUCCGUAUCGCUGAGAUUAAAAAGAGCUCCAUCAGUCUCACUUGGCAGAAGCCUCCUUUUGAUGGUGGUAGCAAAAUCACUGGAUACACUGUUGAAAAGAGGGAUGCACCUAAAGGCAGAUGGUCAAAGGCUAACUUCACAAAUGUCAUUGACACUAAUUACACUGUGUCAGGAUUGAACGAGGGAGAAUCCUAUGAAUUCAGAGUAUUUGCUAAGAACACAGUUGGUUCCAUCAGUAACCCAUCUCUUAUUGCUGGACCAGCUACAUGCAUUGAUACUCAAGGUGCUCCAGAGAUAGACCUACCUCCAGAAUAUUUGGAUGUUGUCACAUACAAGGCUGGAGCAGCUAUCAAGAUUAGCGUAGGAAUCAUUGCCAAACCCUUGCCCACAAUUGAAUGGUUCAAGGAUGGAAAGAAAUUGAAGUCAAGUAGUCAGCUGUCAGUUGAGAGCACCUCAGAUACCUCAGGCGUUUUGAUCAAGGAUGCUACUCGUCUGAAUACAGGAACAUAUGAAAUCAAAAUCAAGAAUGCCUUGGGCUCAGCCACUGCCUCUAUCAGAGUACAAAUUCUGGAUAAACCUGGACCUCCUGUUGGACCAAUUCAAAUUACAUUGGCUACUGCAGACAAGAUUGCCAUAAUGUGGGAUCCUCCAGCAGAUGAUGGUGGUGGAAAAGUAACACAUUACAUUGUGGAAAAACGGGAAACAAGCAGAACUGUAUGGUCUGUCAUAUCUGAAGAACUGCAAAAAUGCCAUGUGUCCGUUGAAAAAUUGGUCAGAGGUGAUGAAUAUGAAUUCCGCGUUAGGGGUGUCAAUAAGUAUGGAGUCGGAGAUCCUUUGGAGUCUGAACCAGUUAUUGCCAAGAAUUCAUUUGUAAAUCCUGGGCAGCCUUCUACACCUGACGCCACAGACAUUACCAGAACAACAAUGGUAGUCAUCUGGGAGAAACCAGGUCUGGAUGGUGGCAGUAAUGUCACUGGUUACUAUCUUGAAAAACGUGAUAAGAAAAGCCUGCGGUGGUUAAGAGUUCUCAAAGAUCCUAUUCCUGAGACAACAUAUAAAAUCCACAAUCUUACAGAGGGAAAUUGCUAUCAAUAUCGUGUUUGUGCAAUCAAUAAAGCGGGAGAAGGUCCAUUUUCAGAUGUUUCUGACUUUUACAAAGCAGCUGAUCCUGUUGACCCACCAGAUGCACCAACAAAACUUAAAGUGGUUGACUCAACCAAAACAUCUAUCACCCUUGGGUGGAGCCCUCCAGAUUGUGAUGGAGGUAGUGAGAUUACCAGCUACAUUGUUGAACAAAUGGUGGCUGAAGGAAAGGAAUGGUCGGUGAUAAGCUCCAAGGGUGAAGUCAGAACCACAGAGUAUGUGGUAUCAAACCUUAAACCUGAAAUCGACUACUAUUUCCGCAUAUCUGCUGUUAACUGUGCUGGACGUGGAGAGCCAAUUGAGAUGACUGAGCCAGUGCAAGCUAAGGAUAUUCUUGAGGAAGCUGCGAUUGAUCACGAUGUUGCCAUGAGAACUCAUUAUAUAGUGAAGGCAGGAACUGAUGUGGAGAUCGUAAUUCCACUCAAGGGCAGACCUGCACCAAAUGUGAUCUGGAAGAGGGGAGAUAAGAACAUUGGCAGUGAUCCAAGAUAUGAAAUUCAUAGCAUGGACUCUUCAACUGUUCUGGUCAUUCCACAUGUCACUCGUGAUGACACAGACAAAUAUCUUCUUGAAAUUGAAAAUGGGGUGGGACAGCCAAAGAGAUUACCUGUAUCUGUUAAAGUGCUUGACACUCCAUCUGCUUGUCGCAAUUUAACUUUGAAGGAUGUCACUCGUGGUAAAGUAACACUGAGUUGGGAACCACCUCUUCUCAAUGGCGGUGCUGAAGUUACUAAUUACAUAAUUGAAAAAAGAGAUUCGACCAAGAGAUCUUUCUCCGCUGUUACAACUAAGUGUACCAACACAACAUAUACGAUUGAAGAACUCUCUGAGAAAGCAUCUUUCUUUUUCCGUGUGGCAGCUGAGAAUGAAAAUGGUGUUGGUGAUAAAUGUAAUACAAAAGAGCCAAUUAAGGCAACUGAAACACCUGGACCAGUUAAAGAUAUUUCUAUGAAGGACUCCACUAAAUCAUCAGUAACUUUACAGUGGACAAAGCCUGAUUAUGAUGGCGGUAGCAUCAUAACAGACUAUGUUAUUGAGAAAAAACUUAAGGGUACAGAGGAAUGGACACUUGCAGGCACCAGCAAACAUUUGGAAUACGAGGUCACAAAGCUUAAAGAACUUGCAAUUAUGGAUUUCAGAGUUUGCUCCAAGAAUGAGAAAGGACAGAGUGAUUUCACAGAAGUUGGACCAAUAACAGUGAAAGACUAUAUAAUUGCACCAGAGGCUAACCUUGAAGAUUAUCCAAGUGGUGAAAUCAGUGUCCGCAUUGGACAUAACGUGCAUAUUGAGUUACCAUAUAAGGGUAAACCAAGACCAACCCCACUGUGGUUGAAAGACAAUCUUCCUUUGAAAGAGAGUGAACAGAUCCGCUUUAAGAAAACAGAAAACAAAGUUACAAUCAUGAUUAAGAAUGUCCGAAAAGAAAAUGGUGGGAAAUACACUCUGACCCUUGACAAUAAUGUCUGUAGGAAAUCAUUCCAUUUACAAAUCAUCGUUCUAGGACCACCCUCUAAGCCCAUAGGUCCUAUCAGAUUGGAUGAAAUAAGGGCAGAAAGGAUCAUAAUAUCAUGGGAUGAACCAAAUGAUAAUGGAGGUGGCGAUAUCACCUGUUACAGUGUGGAGAAACGUGAUACUUCCCAGAAUGAUUGGAAAAUGGCUUGUUCAAGUGUAGUAGGGACAACAUUUAUAGUACCAAACUUGAUAAAAGGAACACAAUAUCAGUUCAGAGUGUGUGCCGAAAAUCGGUAUGGUGCAAGUGAACCUUUGCUUUCCCAAAAUGUGAUAGCCAAACAUGAGUUUAGACCAGCCGGUCCCCCAGGGCAGCCAGUUGUGUACAAUGUUACAAAUGAUGGCAUGACUAUCCAAUGGGAUGCACCGAUUUACGAUGGUGGCUCACCAGUCACAGGAUUCCAUGUUGAAAAGAAGGAACGGAACAGCAUCUUGUGGCAGAAAGUAAAUAUUGUAUUAAUAACUGAAAGGGAUUACAGAAUACUUGGCCUCAUUGAAGGGCUGGAAUAUCAGUUCCGGGUGUAUGCACAGAACAGUGCCGGCUUCAGCCGUGUCAGUGAUGCAAGCAGAUACACCAUGGCUGUUUCUCCCGUUGACCCACCUGGUACACCAGACUACAUUGACACAACAAGUGAAUCUAUUACCCUAAAAUGGGAUGCACCCAAACACGAUGGAGGUAGCAAAAUUGUGGCCUAUAAUAUUGAGAAACGUCAAGGGGAGUGUCGUUGGCUGAGGAGCAACUUCACUGAUGUCAGUGAUUGCCAGUUCACAGUUACAGGCCUUGCCUGUGGUGAGCGCUAUGAAUUCAGAGUAAUUGCCAGAAAUGCCAUUGGUACAGUUAGUCCACCUUCACAGUCCUCUGGUUAUAUUGUCGUCAGAGAUGAGAGUGUUUGUCCAAACAUUGAGUUUGGAAAGGAGUACUUCGAGGGUCUUACUGUCAAAGCAGGUGACCCUAUUAGGAUUAAAGUCAUGAUUACUGGACGGCCUGCACCUCAAGUCACAUGGCUUCAAGAUGGAAAGGAAAUUGACAAAAAGUAUGGCAUCACAACUAUCGCUGGUUCAAGCACAUUAUUCAUCAGAGAUGCUGAUCGUAGUCAUCGUGGUGUUUUUACUGUGGAAGCUAAAAAUAGCUCUGGAUCAAAGAAGGAGGCUAUUAAUGUCAAAGUCCUUGAUACACCUGCCGAACCUGAAGGGCCAAUUAUUUUCACAAACAUCUCAGAUGGAAAAGCAACUCUGUCAUGGAACCCUCCUGCAAAUGAUGGGUGUUCUCCUAUUUCCCAUUAUAUUAUUGAAAGGCGUGAGACUUCCAGAUUAUCCUGGACAUUUGUCUCAGACAGUUGUACGCAAUGCUCCUUCAAUGCUACAAAGCUGAUAAAAAGCGAUGAGUACCAGUUCCGUGUGUCAGCAGUCAACAAGAUUGGUAUAGGGAGACCACUGGACUCCAGCCCGAUCAUUGCACAAAUUCAAUUCACUGUCCCAGAUGCUCCUGGUACACCUGACUCAACUACCAUCACAGGAGACAGCAUUACCAUUUCAUGGACAGCACCUACAUCUGAUGGAGGAAAUGAAAUCAAACAUUACAUAAUAGAACAACGAGAGAAGAAGAGUAUACGUUGGGUAAAAGUAUCUUCAAAGAGACCAAUUACUGAGUGUGCACACAGAGUGGCAAACCUUACUGAAGGCAUUGAAUAUGAAUUCCGUGUAAUGGCUGUUAAUGAUGCCGGCAUUGGACAUGCUAGCAACAUAUCUCUACCUAUCCUAUGUAGUGAGCCAAAAUGUACACCCAGUGCUCCUACUGUGGUGAAUGUAACAGAUUCCACAAAGACAUCUGUUAGUCUAGAAUGGACAAAGCCAGUGUAUAAUGGUGGAAUUGAGAUCAGUGGCUAUAUCAUUGAGAUGUGCAAAAUGGGAGAAGAAGAAUGGAAGAAAGCUAAUGUAGAAAAUUGCACCAGCACAACAUAUACUGCGACAGAUUUGGAAGAGGGUGGAGAAUAUAUGUUCCGUGUCUGUGCUGUAAAUAGUGUUGGAAAGGGAAAAACCUGUGAAAUUCCUGACCCAGUACAAGCUGUGGACAGACUUGCAGCUCCUGAAAUUUGCAUUGAUGCAAGCUUCAAGCAGACACAUGUUGUGAAGAAUGGAGAAAGUGUCUAUCUUCAUAUUAAUUUCAAAGGAAAACCUACCCCUCAAGUUACAUGGGCUAAAGAAGAUGGAGACCUUGGUGUGAUGGCAGAUAUCACUACAACAGAAACAUCUAGUACCUUAGCCAUUGGCAACUGUGACAGAUAUGAUUCUGGAAAGUAUACACUCUCUCUUGAGAACAGUAGUGGCUCCAAAUCUAUUACACUUACUGUAAAGGUGCUAGACACACCUGGACCACCAGCUACACUUUUAUUCAAAGAUGUUACAAGAGGAGCCCUGACAUUGAUGUGGGAUGCUCCUGCUAAUGAUGGAGGAGCCCGUAUUCAUCAUUAUAUUGUUGAGAAACGUGAGGCAAGCCGUCGUAGUUGGCAGGAAGCCGGAGGAAAAUGCAUUCAUCCAACACUGAGAGUUAGUGAUCUUCUUGAAGGUGUACCAUACUUCUUCAGAGUCUUCGCAGAAAACCAAUACGGCCCAGGUGUAGCAUAUGAAAUGACAGAUCCAAUUAUUGCCACUGCAGAACCUGCUCCACCUAAGAGACUGGAUAUUGUAGAUACGACAGACUCUUCUGCUACUCUUGCCUGGUUAAAACCUGAACAUGAUGGUGGAAGCCGUAUUACAGGGUACAUAGUGGAAACUAAAGAAAAGGGCAGUGACAAAUGGGUUGUUGGAGGUCACACAAAGGACCUGUGCACCGUUAUUGAGGGAUUAGUGGAGAAUGCAGAAUAUGAAUUCCGUGUGAAGGCUGCAAAUGAUGCAGGUUACAGUGCACCAAGAGAAGCAUUAGCUUCUGUUAUUAUUAAAGAGCCUCAGAUUGAACCAACUGCUGAUCUGAGUGGUAUCACCAACCAGCUAAUUACAUGCAAGGCGGGCGGUACUUUCACUAUUGAUGUUCCUAUUAGUGGCAGACCAGCUCCUAAGGUAAUGUGGAAGCUUGAGGAAAUGAGACUGAAGGAAACAGACAGAGUCUCUAUCAAAACCACCAAAGAUAGGACCACAUUAUCAGUCAAAGACUCCAUGAGGGGUGAUGGUGGCAGAUAUUAUCUCACUCUUGAAAACAUCACAGGAGCGAAGACAUUCACAGUCACUGUCAAUGUCAUUGGUAGGCCUAGUCCACCCACUGGUCCUAUUAAAGUUUCAUCAAUAACAUCAGAGUCCUGUGAGUUGGCAUGGGAAGCACCUGAAGAUGAUGGUGGAACUGACAUCACCAACUACAUUGUGGAGAAACGGGAAUCUGGUUCAACUGCUUGGCAGCUUGUGAAUUCAAGUGUGAAACGGACAACUCUCAGUAUCUCCCAUCUGACUAAAUAUAUGCAGUAUACUUUCCGUGUCUGUGCAGAAAACAGAUUUGGUGUGAGCAAAUCUACUGAAUCUGAAGCCAUUGUUGCUGAGCAUCCAUUCGUUCCACCAAGCCCACCAACACGACCAGAGGUAAUCUCGGUUACUGCAAAUACUAUGGGAAUCCGCUGGGAGGAGCCGUAUCAUGAUGGUGGUAGUAAGGUGAAUGGAUAUUGGAUUGAAAGGAAGGAACGGAACACAAUCCUUUGGGUGAGGGAGAACAAGAUCCCUUGCUUUGAGUGCUUCUAUGAAGUAACUAAUCUUGCUGAAGGCCUUGAAUAUCAAUUCAGAGUUUAUGCAAUGAAUACUGCUGGUCUGAGCAAAGCCAGUGAAGCUUCAAAACGGGCAGUGGCACAGAAUCCUGUUGGUCCUCCUGGCAAACCAGAAGUGACUGCUGUGUCAAGUUCCACGGUAUCAAUAAAAUGGUCUGUACCAAUUAUUGAUGGUGGCAGCCAAAUUGUUGGAUACAUCAUUGAGCGCAAGCCAUACACUGUCACUGGAGAAGGACGCUGGUUGAAGUGCAAUUACACAAACGUUACAGAAACAAACUUCACUAUAACAGCACUGGGUGAGGAUGAAGAGUAUGAGUUCCGUGUCAUUGCCAAGAACGCCGUUGGAGUGUUCAGCACACCCUCAGCAUCAACAGGAGCUGUGAUGUGCAAGGCUGAAUACACUCCUCCUAAGGCUGAGCUGGCCAGCAAACUUCUCACAGAUACUGUCGCGAUCAGAGCUGGAUCCGACCUUGUGCUUGAUGCAUCUGUUGGUGGCAAACCUCAACCAAAAGUCUCCUGGGCUAAAGGGGAGAAGGAACUUGAGCUCUGUGAGAAGUACUCCCUCCAGUACACUAGCACACGUGCUAUGGCUAUUAUCAAGUUUUGUGACAGAAGUGACUCUGGAAAGUACAUCCUGACCGUAAAGAAUGCCAGUGGAGUUAAGACUGCUUCUGUCAAUGUCAAAGUACUUGAUACACCUGGGCCCUGUGACGGUAAUAUCACAAUCAGCAAUGUGUCAGAGAAUAAAUGUACAGUGUCCUGGAAUGCACCUUUGGAGGAUGGUGGAGACGCAGUCUCCCACUAUAUUGUUGAGAGACGUGAUACCAACAGACUGAAUUGGGUGAUAAUGGAGUCUGAGUGCAAGGCCACUUCUUGUAUCGUUACCAGAAUGAUAAAGAACAACCAGUACAUAUUCCGUGUUAAAGCUGUAAACAAGUAUGGACCUGGUGAAGCAAUACAGUCUGAACCUGUCUUUGCCAGAAACACAUUCACUAUCCCAUCACCCCCCGGACCACCAGAACUUAUUGCUGUCGGAAAGGAUCAUGCUAUUAUUGAGUGGUUGAAAUCUGAAAGUGAUGGUGGGAGUGAAAUUUAUACUUACCUUGUGGAGAAACGUGACAGAAAGAGUGUCAGGUGGAUCAAAGUUAACAGAGAUAUCACUACUACUGAGACAAGAUACAAAAUCACUGAUCUUCAGGAGGGCAGUAUUUAUCAGUUCCGUGUCACAGCUAUAAAUGCAGCUGGUGAGAGUGAACCAAGUGAAGUGUCAUUGUAUGCUGUCUGCAGGGAAGCAUCGUCUACUCCAGCACCUCCAUCAGUUCCUCGCAUUGCAGAUACUACUAAGACCAGCAUUAGUCUGGUAUGGACUAGACCAGUAGAUGAUGGUGGUGCUGAGGUAAUGGGAUAUGUCCUUGAGGUACAAGAGGAGGGAACAGAUGAGUGGACCAAAGCUCAUGAAAAGACUUUGAGAAACACAGAGUACACAGCAACUGGCCUUGCUAGCACCAAGAAGUAUUGCUUCAGAGUAGCUGCAGUUAAUAUCAACGGUGUUGGUGAAUUCAGUGAACCAUGCACAUCAACUGAACCUGUGGAAAGAAUUGAAACGCCUGAUCUUGAGCUUGAUGAUGAUUUGAAGAAGACUGUCUGCUUGAGAGCUGGAGGUUCUCUCCGCCUUUUUGUGACUUUGACUGGAAGACCGGUUCCAGUUAUCACUUGGAGCAAACCUGGUGUAGAUCUCCAGAACCGUGGAUUUAUUGAAGUAACAAGCAGUUAUACAACCUUGAUAAUUGAUAAAGUCCAUCGCUAUGAUGCAGGAAAAUACACAGUUGAGGCUGAGAAUGCAUCUGGAAAGAAGUCAGCCACGAUUCUUGUCAAGAUUUAUGAUACGCCUGGGCCACCUGGUCCAAUAAAGAUUAAAGAGCUCACAAAGGAUUCUGCUGUCAUUACAUGGGAUGCCCCAAUUGUUGAUGGGGGAGCACCAGUCAAUAAUUACAUAAUUGAAAGACGGGAAGCAUCUAUGAGAGCCUAUAAAACAGUGACAUGCAAAUGCAGCAAGACAGCAUACAAAAUUACCGGAUUAACAGAGGGAAUGCUGUACUAUUUCAGAGUCUGGCCAGAAAACAUAUAUGGAAUUGGUGAAUCGCGUGGAAGUGAUGACAUGGUUCUGGUGUGUGAAGUUCCCAUGGUUCCACAAAAACUGGAAGUUGUGGAUGUAACUAAGUCAACUGUGGUAUUGGCAUGGGAGAAACCAGUGCAUGAUGGUGGCAGCAGACUUACUGGAUAUAUAAUUGAAGCCUGCAGAUUUGGAACAGACAAAUGGAUGAGGGUGGCUACUUUGAAAUCAACAGACUUUGAGCAUACUGUUGUUUCACUGAAUGAGAAAGAACAAUACCUAUUCAGAGUGAGAGCUGUAAACAGCAGGGGAGCCAGUGAAGCAAGAGAGAUUGUAACUGCUGUGACUGUCGAAGAACAAAGAGUGCUGCCCAAGAUUGAUCUUUCUAGCCUUCCCAACAAGAUAAUCAAUGUACCAGCUGGGAAAAUGAUUGAACUCCUCAUUCCAAUCAGUGGCAGACCUCCUCCAGUUUGCUCAUGGUACUUUGGUGAUACUAAGAUGAAGGUAACUGACCGUGUGAAAAUUCAGAGCACAGGAACAUUCUCAAAAUUGACUGUGCAAGACACCACAAUUGAUGACACAGGUGAAUACACACUAGAGGUAAAGAAUGUCACAGGAACAGCCAUGGAAACCAUCAAAGGCAUCAUUCUUGCUAAGCCUGAUGAACCCACUGGGCCAGUCAGGGUCGAUGAAGUGGAUGCCACAUCUGUUACAAUCAGUUGGGAUCCACCUCUCAGGGAUGGAGGUGCACCCAUCAGUGGUUACGUUGUUGAACAGCGUGACGCUCACCGUCCAGGAUGGCUCCCUGUCUCUGAAUCUGUUAGUCGACCCACAUUCAAGUUUACCAGAUUGACUGAGGGAGAUGAAUAUGUGUUCCGCGCUGCUGCAACAAAUCGUUUUGGUACUGGAUCAUUCUUGCAAUCUGAAAUUAUAUGUUGCAGGAGUGCUAAGACCCUACCAGGUCCACCAGGCAGACCAGAGGUAUUUGAUGUAUCUCGUGAUGGCAUGACUGUUGCCUGGUUCCCACCUGAGGAUGAUGGUGGCUCCAAGGUGUCUGGAUAUAUCAUUGAGCGCAAGGAGGUCAGAUCUGAUAGAUGGGUGCGUGCUAAUAAGAAUCCAGUGACAAUGACAAGAUACAGAUCAACGGAUCUUAUUGAAGGCCUUGAAUAUGAACACAGAGUAACAGCUAUCAACUCAAGAGGCUUUAGCAAACCUAGCCUUCUCUCGAAACCAGCGGUGGCAACGGAUCCCAUUGAUCCACCUGGCACACCACAAAAUCCAAGAGUUACAGGUACCACUCAGACAUCUGUAUCAUUGGCCUGGAAUCCCCCUGAUGAAGAAGGUGGCUCUAAGGUUUCUGGUUACCUGAUUGAGAUGCAGAAGGUCGGCCAGUAUGAAUGGAUCAAAUGUAACAAAACACCCUCACUUAUUUGUGAGUACACAUUGACACAAAUGCCCCAAGGCGCUGAAUUCAAGUUCCGGAUUAUGGCAUGCAAUGCUGGUGGAUCUGGUGAGCCAGCUGAAGUCCCAGGAACAAUAAAAGUUACAGAAAUGCUUGAAUCUCCUGAUUAUGAGCUGGAUACAAAAUACAAGGAAGCAUUCAUUGUCAGAGAGGGUGCAGUCAUCAGACUUACUGUGCCCAUUAAGGGGAAACCAAUCCCUUCCUGCAAAUGGACAAAAGAUGGCUCUGACAUUUCUCACAGAGUCAUGAUUGCAUCUAGUGAUGAUCUUGCUGAGCUUGUGGUCAAGGAAGCUCAGAAAGAAGACAGUGGAACCUAUAAGCUUCUUCUGGAAAAUAAGUGUGGCAAGAAGGAAGUACACAUUAAUGUGAAAGUUAUUGGAUUCCCAGAUGCACCUCAAGGUCCACUAGAAUUUUCUGACAUCCACGCUCACUCCUUAAGAGUGAGUUGGAAAGCUCCUUCAAAUGAUGGUGGCUCUGAAAUUCUUGGUUACAUUGUUGAGAGACGAAAAGUCACCAAGGCAGCCUGGUACCCAGUAGAUUCAAGAGUGACUGAAACAUCUUUGGUCGUCAAGGGAUUGAAGGAAAAUGUUGAGUAUCACUUCAAAGUAACAGCUGAGAAUCAGGUUGGCAUGAGCAAAACUUUAAAAUCAGAUACUCCUGUCACACCAAGGACACUUCGAUUUCCUCCAGAAUGUUCAAGUAAUCCACCAGAAAUUUUGGAUAUUACAAAGAGCUCUGUUGCUCUUGGAUGGGCCAGACCUAAAGAGGAUGGUGGCUCCCAUAUUACUGGAUACUACAUUGAAUAUAGAGAGGUGUCCACUGAGAAGUGGGAACGCUAUGAGACCCAAAUCAGCACUACGAUGUACACACUCACUGGACUUAUCCCUGACAAAGAGUAUCAGUUCCGUGUCAUUGCUCUAAAUGAUGUUGGGGAAAGUGAGCCAGGUCCUCCAUCUGAUGCAGUUUUGUGCAAGGAUCCAUUUGAUAAGCCAAGCCAGCCAGGUGAAAUAGAUAUAGAUAUGGUGACCAAAGAUUACAUCACCAUUCGUUGGGCAAGUCCGGAAUGUGAUGGAGGAAAGGAGAUCUUGGGGUACUGGAUUGAAUACAGAAAAUCUGGAGAAAGUACCUGGAAGAAGUGCAAUAAGGAGCUUUCAAAGGAAAGAAUAUUCACUGUGGCAGACCUUAUGGAGGCAACUGAAUAUGAAUUCAGAGUAUUUGCGGAAAAUGAAACUGGAAUCAGCAGACCACGCAGAACAGCUAUGAGCAUCAAAACCAAAUUGAGUGUUGGAGGUGAACCGAGCCUCAGGAAGGAAAUGGAGGAGGCCACCGCUAAGCUGGGAGAGUCAGGCAUACUGAAAUGUCAGAUCAUUGGCAGACCUCUUCCAGAUAUCAAAUGGUAUAAAUCUGGGAAGGAGCUAACCCAGUGUCGCAAAUAUGCCAUGACCUCUGAUGGUCGCAACCAUUCAUUAACGGUUGCAACAGACCAACAAGAAGAUGAAGGCGAAUACACAUGUAAAGCCAUCAAUGAAGCAGGGGAAGUAGAAACCACUGGUAAACUGAUCUUGCAGGCACCCCCUCAGAUCCACCCUGCUUUCCCAUUGAAAGAAAAGUACUAUGCAGCAUGUGGGACCACCCUGCGUCUACAUGUUCCAUACAUUGGACGCCCAGAGCCUAAAAUCAUGUGGUUCUAUAACAGCCAGCCUCUGGAAUCUUCUGAAAAUGUUAUAAUUGAAAACACUGAGUAUUAUACUCACCUCAUCAUAAAGAAUGUUCAACGAAAGAUUAAUGCUGGAAACUACAAAGUCUGGUUCAGAAACCACUUGGGCACUGUGGAUACUGUACUCAGUGUUGAAAUCCAAGAUAAGCCAUCUGUGCCUGAAGGACCAAUUUCUCUUGAUGCUUUACUGAAGAAUUCAGUGAUCAUUAGCUGGAAGCCUCCUGCAGAUGAUGGUGGAGCAAUGAUUACAAAUUACAUUGUAGAGAAACGUGAAAAUAAGGAAGAUGAACAAUGGCACUUAGUGUCAUCCUCAAUCUCAGGAACAUCCUGCCGUGUUGCAAACCUCAUUGAAGGAGCUGAAUAUCAUUUCCGCGUUUCAGCUCAAAACCGAAAUGGUAGCAGUGUCCCACUGGAUACUCCUACUCCAUUCAUAAUUAAGACUCAAUUUGGUAAACCAGGAAUUCCCCUGAAGCCAGUUGUCUCCGGUGUGACAAAAGAUUCUUGUAUUGUGUCUUGGAAGCCACCUACAAGUGAUGGAGGUUCUAAGAUCAAAACGUAUUGCCUUGAGAAGAAAGAGAAGAAGCAAGAUCAAUGGAUUCCAGUGACUGCUGAUGAAAUCCAUCAAACAGUCUUCUCUGUAAAAGGUCUCAUUGAAGGUUCAGAGUAUGAAUUCAGAGUAAAAUGUGAAAAUUUGGCAGGAGAGAGUGAGUGGAGUGAAGCAUCUUCACCUGUUGUUGCAAAGUCUCAUGUUGAGGUAGUUGCCCCUGGCUUCAAAGAGGAGCUAAGAAACAUGAGUGUCAAAUACAAGAGCAAUGCAACCUUUGUUUGCAAGAUCACUGGACAGCCUAAACCUGUAGUCAAAUGGUUCAAACGUGGAAAAGAAAUUCAGCCUGAUGGACAUAAAAUUAAAGUGCAGGAAUUCAAAGGUGGCUAUCAUCAACUGGUCAUUUUUGCUGCUGAUGAAGAGGAUUCCACUGUGUAUCAAGUCAGAGCCACAAACCAGGGUGGUUCAAUUGCAACCUCUGUCUCUCUGGAUGUUGAAGUUCCGGCUAAGAUUAACCUGCCCAAACAUCUGCAAGACAAAGAACCUGUCCCUGCCCUCAGAGGUGAAGUGAUCAGCAUCAAGAUUCCAUUCAUUGGCAAACCAGACCCUGUAAUCACAUGGCAGAAGGGACAAGACCUAAUUGAUACCAAUGGACAAUAUCAAGUGAUUGUGACAAGAUCUUUUACUUCACUUGUAUUCACCAAUGGAGUUGAACCAAAUGAUGCUGGUUUCUACAUUGUUUGUGCUAAGAACAGAUUUGGCAUUGAUCAACAGACAAUUGAACUUGAUGUUGCAGAUGUGCCUGAUGCACCUAGAGGUCUUAAAGCCAGUGACGUGUCCCGGGAUUCUGUCAAUCUGAAUUGGUGUGCUCCAGCUAAUGAUGGUGGAAGUAAAGUCACCAACUACAUUGUGGAACAGUGUUCCACUACGGCUGAGAGAUGGGUUCGUGUUGCUCAGUCCCGUGACACGCGUUACACUGUCAUUAAUCUCUUUGGCAAGACAAGUUACCAAUUCCGUGUCAUUGCGGAAAACAAAUUUGGCCAGAGUGCACCAUCUGAACCGACUGGUCCUGUUGUUACAAAGGAAGACAAAUCUAGAGUCUUAAACUAUGAUGAGGAAGUUGAUGAAACCAGACAAAUAACAAAGGGCAAAGCUCCUCACUCAGAUGCCAAGAAUGUGCAUACCAGGUAUAUGAUUGCAGAAGAGCUAGGCCGUGGACAGUAUGGCAUUGUACACAGAUGUGUAGAAACCAGCUCCAAGAAGACAUUCAUGGCUAAAUUUGUGAAAGUGAAAGGUGCUGAUCAGGCAUUGAUGAAGAAAGAAAUUGCAACACUCAAUGUGGCUCGACAUAAGAACUUCUUGAAUCUCCAUGAGUCCUUUGACUGUCCUGAAGAAUUAGUCAUGAUUUAUGAAUUCAUCUCCGGCGUGGACAUUUUUGAACGCAUUAGCACUGGUACCUUUGUGCUCACAGAACAAGAAAUUGUUGGGUAUAUAAGACAACUAUGUGAGGCUCUUGAGUUCUUACACAGUCAAAGCUAUGGUCACUUCGACAUCAAGCCUGAAAACAUUGUAUUCACUACACGACUGAGUAGAAACAUCAAGAUCAUCGAGAUGGGCCAGGCUAGGCACCUGACACCUGGGGAAAUCAUAAAAGUUCAAUUUACUGCAGCAGAAUUCUGUGCACCUGAAAUCCAUCAGCAAGACAUGGUCAGUACUGUAACUGACAUGUGGUCAGUUGGUGUCCUUGUAUAUGUGCUUAUCAGUGGACUAAAUCCAUUCACUGCGGAAACAAAUCAGCAAAUGGUAGACAACAUCUCAAAUGCUGAUUAUAGUUUUGAUGAUGAAGCUUUCAAGGAGGUCAGUGUUGAGGCAUUAGACUUUGUGGACAGACUUCUGACUAAAGAACGUAAGCAUCGUAUGACUGCUGCCCAAGCCUUGGAACACCCUUGGCUGACAAUGAACACAGAACAGCUCAGUAACAAAGCGAUUAAGGUCUCAAGACACAAAAGAUACCACCAGACUCUGUUGAAGAAAGAAGGGAAUGUGGUUGUUUCUGCGGCUCGAAUUGCAUACGGUGGUGCAAUCAGAAGUCAGAGAGGCAUCACAUUUAACAAAGUGAAGAUUGCACCAUUUGAACAUGGUCCAAUUUCUGGUCAAAUUGGGCACAAUGUUGCUGAUGAGGGAGGGCACGUAAAAUUCAUCUGCAAUAUUGAGAACUAUGACAGUACCACAGAGGUAACUUGGUAUUGUGGAGUUAGACAACUGGAGCCAAGUGAUAGGUAUGAAAUUAGCUAUGAAGAUGGAAUAGCUACCCUGUCUAUCAAUGGAAUUAGCAGAGCAGAUGAUGGUACCUACAGAUGCAAAAUUGUUAAUGAAUAUGGUGAGGACAGUGGCUAUGCAGAGCUCUUUGUCAAAGGUGUCAGAUCAUAUCGUGACUACUUCAUGGUGCGCAAAGUGAAGAAAGCAAAGCGCAGAGUAGACACAGCAAGACUACUGCAGAGACCUCCUGAGUUUACCCUCCCACUGUUAAACCACACUUCUCACAUUGGUGAUGAUGUACGCUUUGGAGUCACUAUAACAGUGCAUCCAGAGCCACGUGUUAUAUGGUUGAAAUCAGGACAAAAAAUCACAGCAGGAGAAGAUGACAAGAAGUACACAUUUAUAAGUGACACUGGUCUCUAUCAGCUUGUGAUUCACAAUCUUGACCGCAAUGACGAUGCUGAAUAUUCUGUUGUGGCUCGAAAUAGAUUCGGUGAAGACAGCUGCAAGGCACGUCUCACUGUAAUACCUCGCCCCAUUCCUGCUGACAGCACAAUAAGGCCAAUGUUCAAGCGAUUGCUUGCAAAUGCAGAGUGCCGGGAGGGUCAGAGUGUCCGCUUUGAAAUUAGAGUGUCAGGAACACCUACCUUGAAGUGGGAAAAGGAUGGCAUGCCGUUAGCAUUUGGACCUCAGAUUGAAAUUGUCCAUGAAGGCUUGGAUUAUUACGUACUACAUGUCAAAGACACCCUUCCUGAGGAUUCUGGGACAUACAGAGUCACUGCAACAAACUCAGCUGGAUCUGCAAGCUGCCAGGCCACAUUGAAAGUUGAACGUGUCACUCAUGUCAAGAAGGAAUAUGUGAGUGAAGAAGAGAAAAGGAAGCGACUUGAACAGAAAGAACUAGACAAGAAAGUGAGAUUAGCACAAAUACUCUCUGGCACUGAAGUCACUCCACUCACUUCUCUAGCACAAGAUGCUUUGAGAGAGGCUGCUACCAUGUACAAACCCGCAGUGACAACAAAAGAUAAAGCUGAAAUUGAUAAAGAAAAAGAAAAACUAGAAAGGAAAAAGAGAGCAGAAGAAAAGAGACUUCGCAUGCCAUAUGUUGUUCCACAGCCACGUAUCCAUGGUCCUACCGCCCUUGAGGAGGACAAGGAGAUCAAAUACUUUGUGCCCUUCUCGGAUAUGAAAUGGUAUAAGAAGCUAAGGGACCAGUUUGAAAUGCCAGAACCAAUGGAAAAACCUAAACAGAAGCGUCUAAAACGCAUUCGUCUCUCCAGAUGGGAGCAGUUCUAUGUUGUGCCUCAAAGAAUCAAAGAUGAGUAUAAGCCCAAAUGGCGAAUUCCAACUGUUUCACAGGAUGAUUUAGAAACUGUAAGACCAGCUAGGCAGCGAACACCUUCCCCUGAAUCUGAAGCUUACUACAGAUUAAGACGAAGGUCCCUUGGGGAUCUCUCAGAUGAAGAGCUUCUACUUCCUGUAGAUGAAUACUUGUCAAUGAAGAGAACUGAGGAGGAAAGGCUGAAACUUGAAGAAGAACUUGCGCUUGGAUUUUCUGCUUCUCCACCUAGCCUUAGCCCUGUGCGCUUUGAAUUAUCUGCUCUGCGUCAUCCUUCACCAAGAAAAACAACAUAUAAAGAUCAUGAGGAACAGGAAGAGGUUCAAAAGUAUGACUCUUACCAUAUUCCCUCAAAAUAUGAAGCUGGACCAAGUUUUGUUGAUCUCCGACAGCGACAUGAUAAAGCCACAUACAGACCUCCAAGGCAAAAGCAAAGAGUAUAUGAAGAGAGAGAGGAUCAAGAGCUCCUUUGUCCUGUAACCACAACACAAAGACUUGCUUCCUACAAAAGUAAGCUAAAACAAAUAGAAUUUGAGGAAAAAACAAAAGUCUCAAGAAAAGAAAGGGAUGUGCAUGUUUCAUCAGUAUCCAAAGGAAUGGAAACAACUGAGUAUAUUCACACUUCAGUAUCUUCUACAUACACUCAUCAAGUGCAUUCUAAGUCUGAAAGGAUAACAGCUUCUCGUACACACCUUGCAGAGGAAGAACCACCAAAAAUGAUAUCACCUACCCCUGAGAGAGCUCGUCCAUCCUCCCCAAGUACACUGACCACUGAGAGUUCAUCCUCAAUCCAUGAGAGGUCUGCAAGAGUUGACAUUAUGUCAAGAUAUGAAGCAAAAAAAGCAGCUCUUAAAUCUGAAAGAAAGUAUGAGGUUGUGACUCAGCAGCCCUUUAGCCUUGACCAUGCUCCACGAAUAACUGUGAGAAUGCACUCUCACCGUGUUCCAUGUGGUCAGAAUACUAAAUUCACACUUAAUGUCCAGUCUAAGCCAUAUGCUGAAAUCAAAUGGUACCAUAAUGGACAACAAAUUCAGGAGAGCAGUAAAUUCCAUUUUACUAACCUCAGUGGAGUUCUGUCUCUCCAGAUUUUUGACUGCCAGGUAGAGGAUAGUGGUACAUACCGUGUUGUCUGCACAAACUCCAAGGGCGAAGCAUCUGAUUAUAGCACUCUGGAUGUUUCGGAGGGAGAAUAUUCCUCAUAUUCUUCUCAACGUAAAGAUGAGGAGCCUCCCACACCUUUUUUUCCUGAAAUGACAAAGACUGAGUUUUAUCAUGUGUCCAGCUUCAAGACAGCUUCCUCAGCUGAAACACACCUAGAGGUUAAAAAAACUAAAUCAAAGCUGACUGAAACACAUGAAACUGCUGUUUAUGAAGAACAUGCCUCAUCUGAGAUGAAGACUAAAGCUUUAGAAGCUAAAAAAGUAAAGGAAGUAACAGUACAUGAGGAAGUUAAGACUACUCUGCCAGCCAGAAUACUUACAAAGCCACAAUCUCUCACAGUAUCAGAAGGAGAAUCUGCCAGGUUUGCAUGUGAUGUUGAUGGCGAACCAGCACCUAGUGUUACUUGGAUGCGUGAAGGACAAGAAGUUGUUUCUUCUCAUCGACACUUGGUGACUACAACUCAAUACAAGUCCACAUUUGAAAUUUCCUCAGUUCAGUCGACAGAUGAAGGUGUCUAUACAGUGGUCGUGCAGAACUCUGAGGGCAUGCAAGAGGCACAGUUCAGCUUAACAAUUCGCAGAAUUGUACAUGAAGAAAAGGUUAUUGCAUCACCUCCAAAAGUAAAGUCUCCAGAGCCCAGAGUGAAAUCUCCAGAGGUCACAGGAUCUAAAUCCCCAGAACCUCGAGUCAAGUCACCUGAGGGAAUGAAAUCUCCCCGGAAACUUAAGUCUCCUGAGCCAGCUACCUCACCCCCAAGAGGUAAAUCUCUUGAACCCAGAGUGAAAUCACCAGAAUUCACAGGAACUAAUUCCUCAGAAACUCAUAUCAAGUCACCUGAGGGAAUCAAGUCUCCCUUGGCAAUCAAGUCUCCUGAGCCAUUUGGCUCACCCCAAAAGGUUAAAUCUCCUGAGAUGAAGUCUCCAGAGCCCACAAGUCCAAAGUCCCCAGAACCUCCUAUCAAGUCACCUGAGGGAAUCAAGUCUCCCCCAAGAGUUAGGUCUCCUGAGCCAUUUGGCUCACCCCAAAGGGUUAAAUCUCCUGAGGUGAAGUCUCCAGAGCCCAGAAUAAAAUCUCCUGAGUUCACAGGUCCAAAGUCCCCAGGACCCCGUAUCAAGUCACCUGAGGGAAUCAAGUCUCCCCUGAGAGUUAGGUCUCCUGAGCCGCUUGGCUCACCCCAAAGGGUUAAAUCUCCCGAAAUGAAGUCUCCAGAGCCCAGAAUAAAAUCUCCUGAGUUCACAGGUCCGAAGUCCCCAGAACCCCGUAUCAAGUCACCUGAGGGAAUCAAAUCUCCCCUGAGAGUUAGGUCUCCUGAGCCUCUUGGCUCACCCCAGAGGGUUAAAUCUCCAGAGAUGAAGUCCAGAGUAAAAUCUCCUGAAUUGACAGGAACCAAGUCCCCAGAACCAACACAGAGAAACACCAGCCCAUCUGCAAGGAAGCCCAUCUUCUCAUCUGCUUUAAAGGAUGUCACAAUGUCUUCAGAUUCUAUUGUCAAGCUGGCAGUUAAAGUAACUGGAGAUCCUGCACCGACAUUAACUUGGAUGAAAGAUGGAAAGGCCCUCUCUCAAGGUGGAAGAUAUGAAAUUUAUGAAGAGCAUGGAUUAGCACAUUUGGAAAUAUAUGAAUCUGAAGUUUCUGACAGUGGAGUUUACAAAUGUACAGCAACAAAUUCUGCUGGAUCCUCUUCUACAAACUGUAUUGUCAAGGUUCAAGCAGCUGCAAAAACCAUGCUACUUCAAGAUGAAACUUGGGGAGAGGCUGUGUUAGCUAAAACAGAAGCAACUUGUGUCAGUCAACAUGAGGAGGGGAUCAUCAUAUGUGAAGGCAAAACUGAACAUGCCAAGCAUUCACAAGCACCUUCAUUCCUUGUGCAACCAAAGUCUCAAAUUGUCAAUGAAGGACAAAGUGUGAUUUUCAUAUGUGAAAUCACAGGAGAACCAUUAUCAGAAAUUGAGUGGCUUAAGGACAAUAUUGUGGUGUUAUCAACAUCUAAUGUGAAACUGAACUGUUCUGAAAAUGUGCACACAUUGGAGAUAUGCAAAGCCUCUGUUGUGGACAGUGGGAAAUAUACAAUAAGAGCAAAAAAUCCUUUUGGACAGUGCACAUCUACAUCAUCUUUAAAUGUUCUUGCUCUGGUGGAAGAACCUGCCAAAAUGGUUGUUAUGGAGAAAACUACAGUCGCUUCAGGCAUGAAUCAAAGUUUCUCUGCCAGUAAAAUGCACAUGGCUUCUGCUGUACAUGAAGCCUCAUUCAGCAGCUCCAGCAUGGCUGAAGUUAAAUUUGCAAGCAUGUCUGCAAGUAGCAUGUCCGCUGAAUCAAUGUUCACCAUGAGCUCCAGCAGUAUGAUGGAAAAAUCAAGUCAUUCACAAAUAAAGGAGUCUUCUAUGACUGCCAUAACACAUAUUGAAGGAGCACGGCCAAAAAUUGAAGCUCUCCCAGAAGACAUCAGCAUUGAGAAAGGAAAGGUUCUUACAGUAGCCUGUGCUUUCUCUGGGGAACCAAAACCAGAGAUUGAGUGGACACACUCAGGGAGGAAGCUGCCUGGUGAAGGGGGAAGUGAUCGGUUCCACAUUGAGACCACCGAGGACCUCACAACCCUUGUCAUCACCAGUGUGAAAGAAAAUGAUGCUGGAGUCUAUACCCUCAAACUGUCCAAUGAACUGGGAUCAGACACUGCGACUGUCAACAUCAGCAUUAAGUCAAUAUAGAAUAUAAUGUCUACCCUUCCCUUUUCCCUCAUUCAGUGCCAUUGUAUUUGUUAAAUAAGCAAAAAUACUCUUUACUUGAUAGAGACAUGGAUUUAUGUUCUUGUAAAUAUGAACUUUUUUUUUUUUUUUUACCAAAAAUUGACGUUAAUUUAUGCCAAACUAGACUAAAGUCUAAAGCAAUGAAAAUAUGCCAUAUUGGAUAAUUAUAACUAGGAUUUUUCUCUGACAUGUACAUAAUGUAUAUAGCCGAAUUUACCGGUUAUGGAAACUGUAUGCAUUGUUAUUUAAGACAAUAUUAACUGAAACAAAUGGAACUAAAUGUUUAUCAGGAGAAAGUUUCACAUGAAACGAAUACCCUGAAAAACCUGAAACAAAACUAUGUGCCUCAACAAUAAGUUGAAGUCUUAAGAUUGCCUCAACAGGUAGAGAGGCUCCCUGUUGAAGUUUUACAGAAUCCGAGACAAUGUUAUGCACAGUAUGUCUGUGCAAUAAUAUAACUAUACUCAUAUGAAUUGUAACAAGACCAUAAGACCUUGAGUGCAGUUUGCAGUUACCCUCAUGUAAGAUGCACAACUAGGUCUUGUGUUCAGACUGACUAUGUCAUAUCACCAAUUUAAUGACAUGCUCAAAGUGCGAGCGGCCUGCACUUUUUGCAUAAAAAUAUAAUGUGCUCUUUUUCUGGCAAAAGACUGCUUGAAUUGGUUUUCAAAAGUAACAUCACCUGGCCAUUUUCCUUGUGGAAGGAAAGUCAUUCAAGUACUCCUUUGCAGAAGUAGUGCCACCUCUUGGAGGAUUACUAGGUUAUAUUUUGUGUGUGUGCGAGUGUGUUUUUGUGUAUGUUAGCUUUAGAAAUUCACUUUGUCAGUAGUCAGGGCAAUCAUCAAGCAAGUGUACCACAGCGACACCACCUGCUGUGCUAAAAGAAAACAAAUGCAUUAAUUAUAUGUCCUGCACUUUGAUUUAACAUAAUUUAUGUAGCAAUACCUAUAUAUUCAACCUCCUUGUGUUGAUGAAUUACUGAUUUAAUAAAGCAUGGUUUUAGCA